AUGGUCCUCACGACUCUUUUACUGGCGGGCUCCUUUUUGGCUGCCCUUGCCAGUGCAGGAGGGCAGUCUGGGCCCAGCCCGGGGGACUCCCGGCUCAGCGCGUGUCGCCUCCAUGAGGCCGGAUUAUCCCGCCGGGGGGGGUGGGCGGGGGAGCGGGGCCGCCUCCGAGCCAACAGCGCCCGUUGCCUGGGUUAUGUGCUUUUAUUUUCCUUUAAAAUGUCUGUGUCCAGGCGUGGAGGAACGGCAUGUGUUCUGACCGGCUCAGGGACACUCGAGUCUAGUUUUGCGGCCGAGGGUAGGCCUUGAAAGUCCUUUACGGUGCUCACAGCCUUCUUUUAGGGUCCAAUUGACAUCUUUGUAAAGCUGGUAUUAUCCUUCCCUGUAUUCCAGCGGGUGACCUGGUUUUUGUGCCCUGUUAGUCUGCUGCCAUGCGGCUCGGCAGCCCGGCCCCGCACCCCGUAAAUUACUUUGUACAGCUUCAGAAUUGUCAGAAAUAGGACAUGGGUGCAUGAUGACCAGCUGUGAAAAUUCCAAGUUGGAAAACUGGAAUGCGCACCCUCCAAAAAAUGUCUUUUAGCCCCCAGAGUACCCGACACACCUAUAGAUGGGUGGUAUCACUGUACUCGGGAGAUGUUGCUGAACACAUUUUGGGGUUUUCUUUGGUAGUAACCCUUAACGUUCUCAGUACAUGUAUUCUUAAAUUGCUAUGUGUGUAAAAAAAAUCAACAAUUAUUUUAUUUUUUUAUAAUUUGGCAUAGAUUGGUGGUAAAAUACCUCAAAUUUAAUACCUUAGGUUGUCUUCUUUUAAAAAAUAUAUACAGGUGAAGGGUUAGUCAGGGAUUUCUAAGAGAAAUCAGUGUUACAAUGUAACUUUUGUUAAUUUUGAAAAAAAAAAUAAAAUGGUUUGAAAAUAGCAAAGUGACUUGCACUUAUAGCCCUAUAACUUGCAAAAAAAAAAAGAAAGCUAAGAACAUGUUAACAUUGGGUAUUUCUAAACUCAGAACAAAUUUAGAAACUAUUUAGCACGGGUGUUUUUGAGGGUCAAAGUUAGAAAAGUGUGUUUUUUAAAUAAAUGUCAUUAUAUUUUAUUAUUUUCUUUAUAGUAAAUUAUAUGAUAUGAUGAAAUAAUGGUAUCUUUAGAAAGACCAUUUAAUGGCUAGAAAAACAGUAUAUAAUAUGUGUGGGUACAGUAAAUGAGUAAGAGGAAAAUUACAGCUAAACACAAACACUGCAGAAAUGUAAAAACCGACCUGGUCCGGACAGAAAAUUGAAAAGCGGUCUGGUCACUAAGGGGUUAAACAACAACGACAGGGGUAUCAAACUAAACACUGAUAUCAGAACUAGUAAAAUACAAUUUUCAGAUUCAGAAAUCUAUAUAGAAAAUAACCAGUUGCUCACUAAAACCUUUUUUAAAAAAGAACAUACAAACACAUUUAUAGAUUUUAGUAGUUGCUCAAAAUCAUUCCAGAAAGCCAAUUCACCAGACUAAAACGGAAUUGCAAAGGUGAUGAUGUUUUUAAAAAACAAGCUUAUGGUUUAAGAGAUAGAUUGAAAGAAAAAAAUUACAACAGCACAUUAACACUUUAAUUGCACAAAUAGAUCAAGUCGAUAGAAACUAACUACUACAAUAUUACACCUCUAACAAAGACUGCACUGCACCCAUCGUCCUAGAUUUCAGUAAUAAAAGCUUUAAAAUGAAAACAAUAAUAAAGAAACAUUGGGACAUCCUAAAAGAGGACAAAAUUCUAAAAAAAGAUUUUACCUGAAAAACCCAAAUUUGUUUUCAGAGGGGCUUCGAACCUAAAAAUGUGUCUCACUAAAAAGACCAGCGAGAGAGCCCUCUAUCCCUUUUUAUUUGUUUACCAUAUACUGAGGACAUUCGAUUGCUGUAAGGUUGCACUUUGAAGAAGGAACACCUUUACUAUUGCUGAAGACGCCUUACUCACGAACAGAGAUCUCCAACACAUCCAAAGAAGGUGAUUGUACCGUCCAGGCGCACAUAUCUGGAGCUGAGAUUUAGCGCCAGAAAAUUGUAAGUGCAUUUUGUUUCAUUUUCAGCUAUUCAGAAUAUACUAUGCUAUAUUACAUCCUUUUUUCCUUUAUUACCCAUAUUGCUUCGAAUUUGAGAACUACUAUCUCCAAGCGCUGCUUCCCUGCAUUUCCUUUUUCUCAUGUACAGGCCCGUCUGAAGUUUGCCAGUGAUCAUCUGAAUGAUUCAGAGGAGAACUGGGUGAAAGUGUUGUGGUCAGAUGAGACCAAAAUCGAGCUCUUUGGCAUCAACUCACCUUCCAUUAAAAUUAUAGACUGAUCAUUUCUUUGUCAGUGGGCAAACGUUCAAAAUCAGCAGGGGAUCAAAAAAGUUUUUCCCUCACCGUCCAUACAGUAUACACACACAUCGCAUCCCUUACACACACACACACAGACACAAACACUGCAUCCCUUACACACACUAUUCACUAUACAUAGACUGCAUCCUGUAUGCACACACUGCACCUCCAACAUACAUACACUACAUUCACUAAAUAUACACACUACAUCCCCUUAACACAUACACUACAUUCCGUAAACAAACACCACUGCCCCUAUACAAACACACUGGCUACAUUCUCCUAUAAGCCACAUCUCCUAAUACACAUAAGUUGAUGUUUACUGUAAUUAUGGUACAGGCAGCAUUAUUGUAUUUUAUUUCUCCUAAUUUGCUAGUUAAAAUAUGUGGGUGCGUCUUAUAUUCCGAAAAAAUACAGUAUGUACAACGAGCCAACAGUAUAACAUUGUUACAGAUCCGUUAAGAUCAUAGAGCUUUGAAAAGUUACCUAAAGUAUCAUGUUCUGAAUCCUCUAGUGUCUAGGAUGUAGGCUAAUCUAUAAAUAAUGAGGAAGCAAAUCCUAAAAAAAAGUAGAAAAAAAAAAUUUGAAGUGUGAGUUGCAUGUAAAAAAAGAACAAAAGAUAGAAAACUAUGUUUGGGAGGCUAAAAACCAGCAGUAUCAGGUCUGUGUCGCUCCUCUGCUUCUGGGAUGAAAAAGAAGAUAUUCUGCUGGGCUCCCUGCCCUUUAAUAUUUUAGCAUCUCAGUUCAGCUGCGCACUGCUUUAAAAACAAGAACCAAUGUAGGUUAAAUUAAUCUCAUAAAUUAAAGUUCACCUGCCAUAAAAAAAAAAAAAAUACAUGGUGGUAUUUUAUAGUCAAUAAAACGGAACCUAUUCAUUAUUAAAAAUGAUAAAAAAAUGAUUGCGAUUAUUUAUGUCUUUCUUUUUUUCAGUUAAAAGUUAUACUUUAGACACAUUGGUAAUAAAACUUUUUCAAAGUCAGGAAGCCAUUCGGCUUGUACGCCCUUCUACUUGCAUCAGCUCUUAAAGCGGCACUGUCAUAUCAUUCAAUUUUUGUUUGCACUUGGACUUCAGUGUGUGAGCACGUGUUGUUCCCCCUCUUUCCCACCCUCCCCAGUCAUGUGGGUUGUGUUGGAAUUUCCCUAAAAAUUUCAACCCAGUCAAGAGACAUACUGCUACAAAGUAGAGACUACUUUGUCUCUGUAUAUUUCCUAUGUCUGACACUUCUAGACACUGGGUGGAUUUACCACCGUCUAGAAGUGUCUAGCCCCCCAGCCGUUACCAGUGAUUGGCAUGCAUGAGUACAACAGUGACAUUGACGCGCCAGGAUCUGAAGAGGACCUGCCAGAGGAAGUUGGCCGCACCUGCGAGGGUCAGGUUCACGUAAUUAGAACUGACCUUAACCUGUCCCCCUCACCUUACCAUCCACCAGAACUCUGCCUUAUGUCAGUUCUAUGAAUAAAAAUGUCUGUUAUCGGAGCGCACUGCACACUACCGACAGAUGUGAAAAUCUUACCCUUGCAGGCAGAGCACCUACGAAGGAAAGCUAGCUCUCCCCUCCUUCCACUCACCCUGUGGGCAGUCCCUCCAUUUCUUUCUCUUUUUUUUAAAUGAUCAAAAUUCUUACUCUUCCUCCAACCCCUUUUCCUCGUUGGCUCAGAUUGCGCACAUGUGCUCUAGGCCGGUGAAACAGGUCAAUCAUAGGCUUCUCUAUGAGAAGUUUGUGAUUGGAGAGCCUGAGCCGCAUGUGAUGUCAGUAGGAGGCGCAGAAGAUCAGUGCCAAGAGCCCAACUCAGGAUUAAGGUAAGUAAAACUAACAGACUGAUUUUCUUCUCUAGUCGGUCCUCUUUUACACCUCACCCCUCUGUCAGUCCUUACAUUGGCUUCCUGUAUCCUAUAGGAGCCAACUCAAAGUACUAACCCAUACCUAUAAAGCACUGAACAAUUCUAGCCCCUCUUGUAUUUCUUCACGGAUCCAUAGGUAUGCCCUGUCAUGGUCUCUCAGCUCUGCCCAUGACCUUCUCCUGUCCGCUGCUCACACUGGUACGGCCAACUCAUGCUUGCAGGACUUCUCGCGGGUGGCUCCCUUCCUAUGGAAUAGCCUGUCUACCGUCAUCAGACUCUUCCCUAGUCUUCAAUCAUUUAAAAAGUGCCUUAAAACCCAUCUCUUUAGGAAAGCUUAUGGCCUCCCAGAGUAACCUCUACCUCACAUACUGGUCUCUUGCUCUCUCCUAAAGAGUAGCACUUCACUUCCACCUUAUUUGAUUGCUAUUUCCUGUCCUAUUGUGUUUUAUACCCCACCUCCUAUAGACUGUAAGCUCGUUUGAGCAGGAUCCUUUUCAACCUAUCCUUCCUGUGAGUUUUCUUGUAAUUGUCCUAUUUAUAGUUACAUCCCCCCUCUCAUAAUAUUGUAAAGUGCUAUGGAAUCUGUUGGCGCUAUAUAAAUGGCAAUAAUAGGGCAUAUUCAAUAAAUGAUACACAUUCAUCGAUAUCAUUGGCAUCUUCUUGCAUGAUGUGCAUUGCAUCUCAUGUUCAUUCAGAUAACACACAAUAUACUUACUGUUGAGUGCGCUCAAUAUCCUCAUUAGUCCUGUUAAUUUUGUAAGCUGUGUUAUAGAAUUGAGCAUUGCAAUUGUCAAAACAGUUUUAAUAAUUUUGGCACUGGUACUUUUACAAUAAAACAAUUAUUUGUGCAACAACGUGUUCUCCAACUCUGUACAAUAUGACUCAUCUUUUCGAUUGUCAUUUGCCUGUAAGUUCAAACAAAUCUCACAUCACAUCUCUUUCAGUAUGUACUUUAUUUAAAAUAAUUUUCAUAAUCUCUAUUCAGUUUCCAUUUUCAUAAAGCUCCGAUGCAAAUAUAUAUCAACAUCAACCUUGCAAGUUCAACGUGUUCCGUCGCUUUUAAUGCAAUGCUUGACAGCUGAGAUUGCUAAAUUGUGUUGAAGAAAAUAAGUAACAAAAUCUUACAGAAAAAUAUAAUGCCUUCAACUUUUUGUCCCAGAAGCUGUAGUUUACUAUAUAUUUAUAUAUAUAUAUAUAUUCCUUAUUUAUUGCCUGAAGAAGUAGCCGAGAAAGGAAUUGAUUUUGCCUUUAGCAGAAUGUUGUACCAUAAUGUACACCAACCUGGCAUUUGACAAUAUAACAUCCAAAUUAAUAUUUCACUAUCUUCUUUCGGGUUUCAUGAGUUAAGAGUAGUUCACGAUCUAAGCUUGAAAACAUUUGCUGAAUAUACACAGAGCUGGUAUUGUAUGUGACGUAACAUGUACACACUUUGCAGUCAACUUGAGGAUUUGUACACAUGGUUAAUAGAGCCGAUUUGUAGUUAUAUGAAACAGGAGAACUGCAAUAGGAAUAAGCAACUCCCAAAUGGUUUGAUCGAAAAACAGGAGUAGUGCUCUCUUGGCAGCAAGCUGUAGUGGUAUUGUUGCUUAAAGUGCCCCUUUAAGCAGACCUAUAAAAGCUUGCAUAACCAGCCAUUUUGGCAGGGUGUUUUGUUUGAAAUUAGUCUUUAGCUCCUGCAUGUAAAGGAGACUGACUUUCUAUUGCUUGGACUGCUCCCUGAGAAUACCAGACUUCCUUAUAUAAUGUGAACCUAGGAGCCUAGGACAAUGAUAAAGAGCAGUGGAAUUAAAUUGUACAUUUGUAGGGACAGCUUCUUCGCAACGUGAACAAUACAAUAAGCUGUUAUGGGUAUGAUUCUUGGAGAGCCACUUUAAAAUAAUAUAAGGGAAAAGAAAAACAUUAAAAGGAAACUCUAACGCUGCAACUUGCAUCGAUUCCCCUGGUGCCAUCCCUCUUUUAAAACAAUAAAAAGAAAAAUCAAAUUGUGACAGUUUUCCUUGUUUAAUUUGGAAUUAUCAAUGUGGAUAACAUAGGGGCAGUGGCGUACACACAAUACAUGGGGCCCCGGUGCGAAACUGAUCCGUGGGCUCCCUCCCCUGAUCCGUGCCCCCUCAUCCCCCCUGACACAUACAUACAGACACACACACAUACACACAGACACACACACAUACACCCCUCGACAGACACACAUACAGACACACACGCAUACAGAGACACAGACACACUCACACAUAGACACAGACACACACACACAUACACCCCUCGACAGACACACAUACAGACACACACGCAUACAGAGACACAGACACACACACACACAUAGACACAGACACACAUACAUACAGAGACACACACACAUACAUACGGGGCCUCAUGGAUUGUGUGUAUGCCACUGCAUACAUAGAUACACACACAUACAGAGACAUACAGACACACAUACAGAGACACAGACACACACAUACAGAGACACAGACACACAGUGACACACCUGCACAGGGACCCCUGCGACCGCGGUAUGUACGCUGCUGCAUAGGGGAGGUACCUUGUGCUUGAGAGAUUAUGACCGUUUAGUCGGUACGCAAACAUACUUCCCAAUUUACAAUAUAACUCCUUAUAUUAUAUACAGUAUAAAUACAUUACAAUAGCUGUGUUAAAUGUACUGUAUAAAUUGGCAGAUUAUUUGGGGGGUCAACUUAUCCGGUCAAUAUAGGGCUAAACCCGUAUGACACCUCUAAGUUUUAGGAGUCAACUUAUACGCCUGAUUGACACAUACUCCAGUAACCCAAGAUUUGCUUCUGGUUCCACAGCACUGGGGAAGACCCUUGGUUGAUAUCAGAACCCUUUUAAGUGGUUGAUAUUAAACCACGGGACGGCUGCUGGGGACUCUAAACAGUCUCACCAACUCCAAUGAACUGUCGCAUUUGAGUUGUGUUGAGUGCCACGUUUAAGAGGUCUCUUCCUUUUGUCAUAGCAUGAGGUAUAUCCUGGAGUGAUCAUUGCAUUCAUUAUGACUGAUAUCAAACAUCUCCUACAGUGGGACACUUUUCAAAAUGUGCAAAAUACAAUCUUCCACCUAAACACCCGCGCUAGGUGAAAAUACAAGAAAUAAUAACUUUACUUGGAUAUACACCUUCCCUAAGAUUGUUUUAGGGACCAGGAACCAGACAGAGACAGAACUAGAUGCAAAAACACCUUUAUUAAUAAAUAACAAAUAAAGAAAUAACCAAAAGCAAAGUCCAGGAGGCAAGCAGGGGUCAGUCACCAGAGCGGGUAGUCAGACGAGCCAGGAUCAGGAGAGCAGCGAAGUCAGGAACAAGGCCAGAGUCAGGAAUCAGGAACCAGGAACAAACAGGAACAAACAGGAACUCACAGGAACUCACAGGAACUCACAGGAACAAGGAGACUUCUGGAGAACAGGAAACCACUCAAGGGCAAGGAGGUACUGGGAUUCGCUGCUUAAAUAGGCUGCACUGAUUAGCAACAGGGCUGAUUACUACUAUCAGGUGAGUAAAUGUGGCAACAUACUGAAGGAGCUGAUCAUUAAUCUCAGCUGAAAACUCAGACACUGAAAAAGGAAGGGUUGCUGUUUAAAACAGCAAAGAAACCCUGACAGAUUGCAUCCCAGUCCACAAUCAACCACAGUCACAUAGCAUAAGUAACAAAGAAAGAGAAGAGGUGGCACUAGAAUCCAAUAUAAAAAUGAGAAUAAAACCCAGUGCAGCUAUAAAAUCACCCAAGUGCUUUGUUACUAAAACCACUUAAUACGUAUGUAAAAAUGUGAAUAAGGUGAUCGUGCAAACAAUGGUAUGUAGUGUUCUAGAUAUGAAUAGUAGAUAAUUCCUAUGUACUGACAAAACCUUCAUCUCAACUUUAGAUUUCUGGUGAAAAUGCCAGCAUAGUUUAGAGCCGACUUAUAUGAGUAAUUUUAUUAAUGUUUUGACAAUAUACAUAUUGCCCUAUGAUUUUUUUUUUAUCUUCACAGUGCAUAGGAAUAGUGACAGAACGCCGUCACUGAGUACCAUGCCCACAUGUGCCCACUCCCUUGGUUGCUUAUUGUUUUCAGGUCAGGGCUAUUUAACAAUGUAUUGUUUGUGGGGUCCCCUUGUUCGUUCAUGUGUAGGCGUGAUUGGAAGAUUGUGCUUGUCCCAUUCUGGAUAUGAUAAAGAUGAGGCUUGAGUAUUAUUCUGUGGGUAGAUAUUAAUGUCACUUUUGGACAUGAUAUCGAAACACAAGGCUUUCUUUUUGUUCUUGAAAGCUAAUGAUCAUUACCAUAUCCAAGGACUUCCUAUCUAAGAGGCAAUCAAGACAUAUGGCAGAUGUGAGAGUUGGUUUGUACAUAAACCCAGACUUCCAGGCCACUUAUGUGUGACUUCUCACACCUUCCAGAAUAGCCAUGUUGGGGUCCCAGCUUCAAGUAAGAAUUUAGAUUGUAAACCUUCUGCCCUUCAAUGCAAUCAUCUAACCCCUUUUGAAAUAUUAAGGUGUGUUUGUAGGGUGUUUGGAACUAUUGUAGAUUUUUCUGUACCUGAGGGAUAAUUAAAGGACCACUAUAGGCACCCAGACCACUUCAGCUCAAUGAAGUGGUCUGGGUGCCAGGUCCCUCUAGUUGUAACCCUACAGCUGAAAACAUAGCAGUUUCAGAGAAACUGCUAUGUUUCACUGAGGGUUAAUCCAGCCUCUAGUGGCUGUCUCACUGACAGCUGCUAGAGGCGCUUCCGCGAUUCUCACUGUGAAAAUCACAGUGAGAAGACUUGGACGUCCAUAGGAAAGCAUUGAGUAAUGCUUUCAUAUGGGCUGUUUGAAUGUGCGUGAUGCUCUUGCUGCGCAUGCGCAUUCGGAUCUGAUGUCAUCAUGGGGUGGAGAGUUCCCCAACACAGAGGGAGCCUGGCGCUGGAGAAAGAUAAGUGGCUGUCGGGGUUUUAACCCCUUCAGCCCAGCGGGAGGGUGGCCCUGAGGGUGGGAGGGAUCUAAUGACCCUAUAGUGCCAGGAAAACAAGUUGUUUUUUUUCCUGGCACUAUAGUGCUCCUUUAAAUUUAAGAGGUUUCCUCGUGCAAUUAUCCUUUAGGCACAGAGGAUCCUGGGAUUGAAAACCCUGUUGUCUUGUAUUGUAAACCCCAUGUAGGGGACUGGGCAUAAAAGCCGUGGGUUUUCCAAUAAAGUUCAAUUCACUCCCAGAGCUAUGUUUCGUCUGGUUACUGGGGGCAUGUAUGCCUGUAUGCUUUAAUGGUUCCAGAGUGGCUGAAGGAAGGAAUUAGCGGAGGUAACCAGUCGGGUUACCCGUGGUCCGCUACAGGAAUUAUCUACUAUUUAUAUCCAGAACACUACAUACCAUUUUGUGUGCGAUCACCUUAUUCACAUGUAUACAUAUAGAAUACUAGUACAAACAAAUUGGGAUUCUGCUGGUAUCUCUAAAACAUACAAAUGAAACAAAACACAGGUCAAUAAUGCAGGACUUGACAAAUCCUAGGCGCCAGGUCCCCAUGGCAACCAGGAAAUUUGUCCUGGCACCUGGGAUUUGUGAGCCUAUUUAGCCCCCGAGGUGACCGGCGGCCUGAGAGCUGGGGCCUGCAGUCAGAUCACUGAGGGCUGAGGCAGGCUGUGACUGAGCUAGGUGGCUGGCCGGCUCAUUGAGACAAAAGGGAGGGAGACCGGCUCAUGGAAAGCUGUGAGAGGGAAGUGGUUGGCUGACAGAGAGAGUGGGGCGGCUGGCUCAUUUAAUGCUGAGGGAGGGGGGCGGCCAGCCAACGAAGAAUUGAGGGACGCAGGCGGAUAGAUGACUUAAUGCAGCAGCGAGGGAGCUGUAAUCUUCCUGCUCUGCUCCCUCGCGCGGCUUGUAGUGAUGCUGGGAUCCGGGAUAUGACAUCACUCCUGCCCCAGGCUACUAAACAGCGCGCGAGAGGGAGCUGAGUAGAGAGAUGACCACAACCUCAUGGGACCCCAGGGAAAGCCUAUCCUCUCAAGUUCUCCAUGAAGUAAGGAGCCUUGGUGAAUAUAAGUAAAGUAAUUACUUGUGAGUGAGUGUGUCUGUGAGUGUGUUUGUGUGUGUCUGUAUGUCAGUGAGUGUGUGUGUUUCUGUAUGUCUGUGAGUGUGUGUGUCUGUAUGUCUGUGAGUGUUUUUACUCACUUUUUUCCCACGCCGUGCUGAUGACGCAGAGGCUGGCCCCACCUCCAUGGCUGAGAUUAUCAAUCUUGACGAUCUCAGCCAAUCCAUUGCUUCCCCAUAGAAAAGCAUUGGAAGACUAUUGCGCAUGCACGACAAAAUGCCACUGCACCAAUUUAACUUCUCAUAGAAGUGCAUUAACGUAGGUGCAGCACAUUGUGAAGCACUGACCAAAGGAGCACCUUUAGAGGCCAUGCGAGUGUCUCUCGCUAGAGGUGUUACCAGGCAUCAAUGUAAACACUGCCUUUUGUGUGAAAAGUCAGUGUUUACAUUGAAAAGUGUUCAGGGAAAGGAUAUAGACUGCAGAACAACUGCAUUAAGCUGUAAAGGUUCUGGUGACUAUAGUGUCCCUUUAAGAAUUGUAUUUUUAGCGUUGAUUUCUCUGGCUUCUAACUUUUCUAGCUGGCUCCAAGAUUCCAAGCAAAUUUGUCAAGCCCUGCAAUAAUGCAUAUAUAAUUAAGCAACAGAACACUAUUUGGUCGCACUCCCAGAUUAAAUGUGAUAAUGAAGCAUUGAAAUGCCUCCUUGGAGUUAAUAAGGGGUUUUGCUCCCUCUUGAGGACCAAUAUGGAAACCUGUUUGUUAAAGAAUCCAAAGUUUGGUUUAAAGUUACAAGACGUGCUUUAUUGCCAUAAUAAGAAUAUAAAAAAACAAAUAAAAAUAUAUAAUAACAAAUGCUGAAAUAGGUCCUACACGUUUUGUUCUCAAAUGAGAACUUCUUCAGGGAUCAGUGAAUACAAUUUCAAUAAAAUACAGUGCAAAUGCCAAAACACAGCCACACAGUGGGACACUUUUUAUAAGUAAUUCUGGAAGUAAAAGUAGAGCAGACAGCAAGAAUAUUCUAUUUUUUUCUUUGAUUGCUCCGCAUGUAGCACCAUGCCCCAGUAUUCUUCUUCAUAAAUUGAAGCCCCUAUAACACCGGGGGUUAUGUAUGAGAGUGUUUCAGUAAAACAAAUGGUGCAAUUGUGCCACAAUUAGUAUUUGCAUUUAUGUAAAAAAAAAAAAAAAAAAAUGUUCUGCCGAAAUACACAUCUGUAGAAAAAAAGAAAAGUGAUCUAAUUAAUACUUUGUUCUUGUGGCAGUUAAUGCAUUAAAAAGGUGCAAAUUUGCAUUAUUUUUUUUUUAUUGAACUGCAGUUCACCAUCCUUAAACUUGUGUUAUCUGCUCUGUGAGAAGAGCCACAAAUUGUGGCAAAAGUUGCAAAUUUGAGAAACAAAUCUUGCAUAUGAGGUUUGGUUUUAAAAAAACUUUCAUUAAAAUUUCAUCGCAGUCAAAGGAUCUAAGACAAAGUAAGGAAUACUUAGUCUUAUGUAUUUUUUUUUUUCUCCGCUUGACAAAACUUGACAAACGACGGAGCUACUGGCAAAAAGUUUUUUCAACCCCCCAGCCAUCGCAAGGAUCCUCCAUAAAGUAAGUUUGCUGCACCCCUAUGACACUGCACACAAGUGGCGAUGUCACAAUUGGAGUCUUUGCAAAAUAUGCAAAAAUUAAAAAAAAAAUAAUACAGAUUAAAUGCUUUAUUCGCUGUAGCGAAAGGCAUCUGUUUUAAAUUAUAAAUAGCAUUUAUAUAGAGAAACUGAUUAUUUGUAGAAGGCCCUGCUCAAACUAGUUUGCAAUCUGUGAGGAUUAGGGGGAAUAUAUGAUUGGGUGUCUUUCCCAGUGAUGCUUACUGGUGAGUUGGUCUGAUUAGGAUUUUAACCCCUUAAGGACCAAACUUCUGGAAUAAAAGGGAAUCAUGACAUGUCACACGUCAUGUGUCCUUAAGGGGUUAACCUGGGUUUCCUGGAUCUAACCAGCUAAUAUUACAGAGAGGACUGUUUUUUUUAAUUGAUCAAAAUAGGACCAAGUGGCACAGAAUUCCAGGAGCAACUCCAGAAUUCUAUAGACAUUCUACAGACACAUGAACAGCCAGGGAAAGCAAAGACUCGGUACAAAUAUAUCAGAGGAGCAACAGACCCAACUAUAUGGCAGCUCAUUACUAUGUGCCAUUUUCAUUGAUAAAAUGUGAGAAUCAAUUUGUUAAUUAAUGCUGCUCUUUUUAUUCAACUCCAUCAAUUAAUUUGCACCUCCUCCCCCCCUUUUUUGUGCAUGUUAAGGAUGCAUCGAAUUUUUUUUUUUUUGGUUUCAUAAACAGUAGUGAAAACAUAAGAAGAAUGUAACAGAGAGACUGUGCAGUUAAAUAUAUAUUUUUUUUUAAUUAGCAUUUUCAAAUGUUUCUUAGCGCAGUUCCCUACUGUUAUACAAAUUAUAUCUUUAGCCUUGCUGUGAGUCUGAAUGAUGCUGAAUAAUUUGUAGUGAAAGACAGCUAUUACUAUUCUCUGUAAGUCUUACUGCAACAAUAGUUACAUAGUGAUUCAUCACUGAAACAAGAUAAAAAAAUAAAAUAAUAAAGUCUACUUCUUCUCUAGAAGCGGCCGAGCCUUGCAUUGUUGUAACCUCAGCUUUUUUUUUUAUUAUUAUUAUUAUUAUUAUUCUGUUUUUCAUGUAUCUCAUUUUUUUCACAGUCAUUUUUUUUUUCUUUUAAUUUUUUUUUUUUAAAGUGCUAGGUUUUUUCACGGGCUGGGGCUGGUCCGUUAUUAGCGUGUGCAAGUUAAUGCAGCACUGCCUUCAAAUUGUUGAUGCCUGAUUCUAGUCUGUGAAGCCACAGAGACAAAACAUUUAAUUUUCUUCAUUGAUUUUCUGAAUAAUAACAGCGUACACUAAACAUGAGCCUCUGUCAGUCAGAGUUCUGUUGUAUCAUCGCUGAAAACCACAGAAGACCACAAAAGGAAAUAUACCUGUGUUGCUGGGUGUUGAAGAAAUUCUGAAUGGUUUUAAGAUGUGUGGACCUUACGAGUUUUGAACGCAGAGCCAUCUUGCAUUGAGUGGUCCAAUGCAGAGUACCUCCAGAACAAACACAAACAGGGUUAUUCCGUUACUUGAGAAUGGACAGGAAUUUGAAGUGAAUUUCAAAUUUAAAGUUAAAAAAGGCAAACUGAAAACAUAAUUUUUCUAAUUUGACUGUAUUGGCCAACAAUAUCCACUUUAGUGCAAGGAUAGACAACCUUCAGAUGAUGUGGACUACACCUCCCAAAAUACUCUUACAGCCAUCUUACUACCAUAAUGCGGGAAAAGCAUCAGGGGACUGGUAGUCCACAACAUCUAGAAUGUCGAAGGUUGCCGACUCGUGGUUUAGUGAAUAACCUUUGAAGUGUUUUUUUGCAGUUGGCCAGGCUGAAUCAGGCUUCAAUAUAGUACCCACCAUACGGUUCUGGUGAGCUAGUUGGAAUUCUGUAAGAUUCUCUGGGAUACCUGUCAGGUUUUUUCAUGUUGGAAUAAUUGACUUCACAAUCCAAUUUAGUCCAGGCACAGUCAAGGCAUGCAUUGCUUCAGAGGAGGCAAAGAAGAAACAUUGUUUAUAUUUCUAAUAACUUUCUUGCCUGGUAUCCAUCAGGCGUUGCAUCCCGAGCUUACGGUUCUGAACUUUGCCCAUUGGUGUUGGGCUUAGAUAAUUGAUAGAAAGGGAUGAGCUGAUACUCUCAGGUAAUGAGCUGGCUGUGUCCUGCACGACUUAGCUUAGGAGCACUAAUGGAAGCUCCUAUGUGGUGGUUAUGGUGCUUGGAGUGUUCCUUUGAAACAGUGUUUGACUGGAGCCAGAAUGUAGGCACUCGGUUCUGGGGCAGGGGUAAACACGCUGAGGAUUUCCAAUUUUUAUUUUUUUUUAUUUUUUAUUUUUAGACCUCACUAACACAUAAGUGUUAAAGAUAAUAGAUAAAUAAAAUAACCUUAAAAAUUCUUUAAGAUAGUAUAUCUCUUUUAUAACUUACCAUAUUUACGGAACUGCAAAAUAUAUAGAUGUCAAAACACCCUCCUUAUGGCUUUCUAUAAAUUGUACUAACAGCUGGAUAGCUGGUGAUUGCUGAUUGAAAGCCAUCGGUCUACAAGUGAAAAUGCAUUGCUGACAGAUGUCAGCAUCGACACUGGCACCUGGGUUUUGGUGUUACUUAUGUUCUCUCUAUACGGUGUUAUUUACGGUGUUAUUUAGGUAUUUAUACAGGAAGAUACUAUAUAUAUUUAUUUUAUAUUUAUCGCUGUUAGUAAAGCACUAACAGGGUUAUUGACUAAACUGAGAAUUGAUAGGAAUUCAGAGGGAAUUUCAAAUUUACGGUCAAAAUUGCUGAAUUGGAAAAAUUAAUUGUCAGCUAUGCGUCCUGUACCGAUCAUUCGAUCUAAAUUUUGAAAACCACAUUCUCAUGUUUUUCCAAAUGCUUUGGUGAAGAGUUUGUUUAUGAUUUAUAGUUAACAAAACAUGUUUUUUUAGAACUGGGGUCAAAACUAAGUGUUUUUUUAAACCUUGUCUAAAGGUGUUUAGACCUUGUGUUGCACUCUGUGUCUUCCAGCACGUUAUUGCUUGUAACUGCAGUUAUUUGGAAAGCUGGAAGAUAAACAAUGCUUCCAUUCUGCCCAUGCUAUUACACGUACAGCAAGGGUCUCAAAACAGAAAUUAGUGGUCUCUAGUAGCUACGUUUUAAUACUGCCAAGAGGACUGCAGAUCCGACUCUUAGACGCCUGCACACAGACAGAUCCAUGUUCCCAGAUGCAAACACACACAGAUACGUAUUCCUAGAUACACAUACAUGUCCAUACUGUUAGAUACACAAAGUUCUGUACUUGCAGACACAUACAAAGCUCCAUAUUCUCAGUCACACACAGAUACACCCUGCCAAGUACACACAGAUAUAACUUGCCCGACAUUCGCCCUACACUUACACACAACUGUACCUUUAUUACGCACAUUAUGCUGCAUUUACCCGAUUUCUUGAGCAUUAUCACUGUACCUGCAGCAUUGUCAUAACCCCAUCCUUCACACAUAAUGUCCAGCAGCUGCAUGCUACAUCCUCAGUUUAGGGUGCUAACAGAAGAAAUAACGCCUGACUGUGUUACAUUGGAAAAACAAGCAGCAUAAUUACUGAAUUGUCCAGUUAGAUAGCAGACACAUAGCACCCCAUCUACUGGCCACAAGAAGGUAGUUAGGGGACUAGAAAUGUACCUUGUGUCUGUGAGACCCUUGGUAUGCAUUAUACACAUGAUUAGUACAAACCCCCACCUAAUGUAUUGGGCUCAAAAACAACUUACUGUGAAAUAGUAUGACCCACGGCCAUCUAAAUGCAUCCAAUUCACAAAUCACAGAAAAAAUAGGAGCUGCCUACAGCCUGAAAUGUCAUUUAAGGUGUCACUGACAACUCUGAUCUCCUAUCCAAAAUUUGUAUUUCACAAAGAUAGAAUCUUUGCAAAACCAAAUCCAGAACUGCACUAAAUCCAAAUGAUACAUUUAUUUAUGUGUGUGUUUUUUGUAUGUUUAUUUAUGUGUGUGUUUAUUGUAUGUUUAUUUAUGUAUGUUCUAUAUAUUGUACAUUUAUUUAUGUGUGUGUUAGCUAUAAAAAGUCCAUUUAGGUCGAAACGUUUCUGACUGUUAGGUUUCAUUAAACUUUGCCUCAUCAAUAUCCUGGAGUGUCUGGAUCUUUUUGCUUGUAUCUAAAUAUAUCAUCUUUAUGAAAUACUUAUUGACCAUGUUUGAAUUUUGCUGAAAUGUUAACCCAUUUAAAAAGUAUAAUACCUCAAAGUAGUCCCUACUAUUUAGUUUUUUCUUACACUUGACAUAAAGACCUUUGUCAGGCUCUGUCUGUUUAGGGAUUCUUCUUAGACCUCAGUGUUGUACUCCCCCUCUUUUCCCUGCUCCCUCACCCACUGCACUACCAGGGGAGCAGUCCCCAUCAUGGUUCAUUGCAAAUUAUGCAAAGAUCCUAGACAUUGAAAGAGCUGCUUUAAUAAAAGAAGACCACAAGUAUUCGAUCAGCACUUGUACUGUUUUAUUAAAGGUCGAACAAGUAAUAGCAGAUGUAAGGUAGUAAAAACACAUCUUGCAGAGGAGACGUUCAGACUAAUACAGAACAAUCCAUUACAACAAUGUCUCCACUGGUGUAACCUUAACUUAUUUUCCUCUUGUCAUGCUUUUAUUUUCCAGGCACAGUAUCCGCUGGAGAUGGCAAGUUUGUUAUCGCAGAGAGAGGACGUCGCAGUGGUCGUAAUUUACAAGAUAUGGGAAUCUUUACCAGGCAAACAAUGGCUCAUGUGAAGGAUCGUAAAACAGGUACUCCACCUGCACACUAUAAAACAUCUCAAAAGAUACAUUUAUUCAAUGCUGAAUUAUUGGUAGUUUGGGGCCAGGGUGAUACCAAUGUGUCUGAUUUUAGUAAAGUUUAGAAAAUAUGUUAUUAUGUACUGUGAUAAUUUACUGUGGUAACAGCGAAUAGCAUUGCUAGAAACCGGUUAUUUCCCCCACAAAUAUAUGCAUGCAUAUCUGAAUAUAUCUCAUUAAAGCAGAUAUUUUGGAAUUGUAUUAAUAAGUAUUACUCUCCCUAGAUACAUGACCGUGAUAUCUCCAUUGGCUAGUUUAAUCUCUUGCUGCUUAACCCCUUAAGGACUGGACUGUUUUUGCGAUGUUGUACAUUUGCGACCAGGCAUAUUUUUACACUUUUGUGGUGUUUGUGUUUGGCUGUAAUUUUCCGCGCUCUCAUUUACUGUUCCCAUACAAAUUAUAUAUUGUUUUUUUCAGGACAAAAGGGGCUUUCUUUACAUACCAUUAUUUAUAUAAUCUCUUGUAUUUUAAUUUAACAAAAAUAAAAAAAAUGAUGAAAAAUUGAAAAAAAAUCCCUGUUUUUUUACUUUUACUUGAAAAAUCUUUUACUCAUCUACAAAAGCAAAUGAAAAAAACUGCUAAAUAGAUUCAAAAUUUUGUCCUGAGUUUAAAAAUACCCAGUGUUUACGGGCUUUUUUGCUUUUUUUUGCAUGUUAUAGGGCUAUAGGUACAAGUAGGAUAUUGCGGUUUCAAAACAUACAUUUUUUAAAUUUAUCAAUAGUGACAUUGUAACACUAUUAUCUGUCAUAAAUCUCUGAAUAACACCCCACAUGUACAUAUUUUUUUUAAAGUAGACAACCCAGGGUAUUCAAUAUGGGGUAUGUCCAGUCUUUUUUAGUAGCCACUUAGUCGAAAACACUGGCCAAAGUAAGCAUUCAUAUUUGUUUGUGUGUGAAAAAAGUAAAAAAACUAAAUUGAACGCUAAUUUUGGCCAGUGUUUGUGACCAAGUGGUUACUAAAAAAGACUGGACAUACCCCAUUUGCAAUACCUUGGGUUGUCUUCUUUUGCAAAUGGUAUGCCAUCAUGGGGGUAAUUCUCAUUCCUGGGCUACCAUACGCUCUCAAAGGCAACGUAACCAACCUGGCCAUUUUCAAUGUAAAAAUAUUUGACCCAUAUAUUUGACCUGUAACUUUCAAAAAUGCUAUAAAACCUGUACAUGGGGGGUACUGUUUUACUCGGGAGACAUCGCUGAACACAAAUAUUAGUGUUUAAAAACUGGAAAACGUAUCACAACAAUUAUAUCAUCAGUAAAAGUGCUGUUUGUGUGUGAAAAAUGCAAAAAAAGUCACUUUCACUGACAAUAUCAUCGCUGUGAUAUGUUUUACUGUUUUGAAUCACUAAUAUUUGUGUUCAGCGAAGUCUCCCGAGUAAAACAGUACCCCCCAUAUACAGGUUUUAGGGUGUCGUAGAACGUUACAGGGUAAAAUACAGUGCUAGCAAAUUAAAUUCUCUGGACUUUUGGCCUGGGUUGGCAGGCAGGUCCCUCAAAUUGCAAUCAAUAAAAUUACUUAAUUAUGUAAAAUAUUACAUAAAUACGCACGUAGAAUUUAAAUAUAUAUGCAUAUUUAUAUAUUUGAAGUCUACCUGUAUAUUUAUAUAAUUAUUUAUGUAAUUUUGUAUAUGGACGUAUGUAUAUUUCUUAUUAUUUUUAUUUAUUUUUAUAUACAUAGAUAUAUAUACAAAUUCAUUCUAAGUGUAUUUUGAUAUAAAUAUAUAUAUAUAUAUAUAUAUAUAUAUUAAUUUUAAAAUACAGUUAGAAUAAAAUUUCAUAUAGAUAUAUAAUUUUUUUUCCAAUUUUUAUUAUUUUUAAAAAAAAAUAAUUUAAUUUAAAUUACUUAUUAUUUAUAUUUUAUAAUAAUAUAUAUAUAUACAAUAUAUAUAGUUAUUAUAUAUAUUAUAUAUAUAUACGUGUGUCAUUUAAUUAUAAGUGUAUUUUUAUAUUAAUAUAAGUGCAUAUUAAUAUAAAAAUACACUUAGUAUGACAUUAUAUAUAUGAUAUAUAGACAUAUAUUAUAUUGCUAUAAUAUAUGUCUAUAUAUCAUAUAUAUAUAUAUAUAUAUAUAUAUACACAUAUAUAAUUUUUUUAAAUUUUUUUAUUAACACUAACUUUAUUUUUUUUAAUGAUUUUACACUAGCAGGGAGACUGCCUGUCAGCACAGACAGUCCCCCUGCAGACACAUGGACACAUGGACCCCUAUUGUGACCAUGGGAUCGCUGUGUUAAGCGAUCACAUGGCCACAGGGGUCCUAAUCCAGUGUGGGGAGACUGUCUGGGCUGCAGGCAGUCUCCCCACAACGGGAGCAACGCUGAUCGCUGCCGGGGGAACGACGGCGAUCAGGUAAGUAACUAGGACCGUUAGGACGGUUCAGGACCGUCAGUGGUCGGCAAUGGGAAAAUGCCAAUGACGGUCCUGAACCGUCCUUGGUCCUUAACGGUUAAUGAUUCUACAAAUCUAAACACAUGGUUAUUAUCUGGUCAUGUGUAAUGUAUACAUAUUUAGGGUUGUUUCUCUUUAUAAAACUGGGCAUGGUACCCAAGUAAUUUUUUUGGUUAUCUGUUGCUAAGUUCACCAUCAGGGCAUGAAUGCCUAUGCUGUGUUCUGUGGCCCACACCUGUGCUAGGGUUUACAAGGGGCCGUUUCAUGCUGUGCUGUCUGGUUGGAAAGAUAUCUCCCCAAACUGUUUCACAUGAAGGAGCCAUACUGACCUGGUCCAUUGAAUGGCAGCAGUGAGCAGGGACAAAGUGACCCGCGUGAGGAUUGAGCUAUGGGACUGCUACAGGAAGCUCCCACUGAACCUCAGAGACUGUGCAAAUGCCACCCUCCUGCUACUAAACCACCUCCUCAACCAAAAAUGUAUGCUUACAGGAGUGUGGCUAAGAGUAGGGAUUUGUGUCAGUUUGUGGGUCAGUGUGUGACUGUGUGUGUCUCUGUGUCAGAGAGUGUGUGUUUUUAUUCAUGUGUGAGAGUGUGUGUAUCUGAUUGUGUGUAUAUUUGAGUGUGUUUGUCUAAGAGUGUGCGUGCAUCUGACUGUCUGUGUCCGUGAGUGUGUGUGUGUGUGGGAACGUGUAUGCAAGAGUGUGUGUGUGUGUGUGCAUAUUUCUGGGUUUGUGCAACUUUGUGUUUCCAAGUGUGUGUGGGACUGAGUGCAUUUGUGUCUAUUUGUGCAUGGCAGUGUACCUAGCUGUGUUUAUCUCUGUAGGUCCGGCCCUUUGUAAGUGUCUGAAAUGUGGUUUUGUGUGUUUUUCUGCAAAUGCGUAAAAGUGUGUGUUUGUACAUAUUUUUUAGAAUAAGGCCCCACAUUUUCAGAUGCAUACGCUCUCUGUUUUCACUGCCCGACAAAGUCAAAAUUUUGCCAGGUCAGUCUUAUGGCUGAGCAGAUUAUACUUUUAGCAGAUUUACGUUUUUUGAUGUGUGAGUGCACCUGCUGUGGUCAUUGUGGGGCAUAGGAAGAAAUGUUAACUAGUAAACUGGUGAGUCAGGUAACCCUGAUGCUUUCAGAAUCGUUUAAGUAAUGUGGUCAGCUUGAAACUUAAAGUCAUCCGUAUACAUUGCUUAACGGGGCAUGGUCAUCCCCCCUGAAAAAUGAGUAUUUCAUAAAGAUACAAUCUUUAUGAAAUACUCAUUAUGACUGUGUUGGAAUUUCACUGAAAUUCCAACCCAGUCAAGAGACAUACUGAGACAAAUUAGGGACUACUUUGUCUCUGUGUUUCUCCUCUGCCUGACUUUCUUUGAAACAAAGUGUAAAUCCCGAUAGCUGUCACAAGUGACGACUGCAGGGAAUUGGCGGUGUCUGCUAAGGAUCCUGCAAUCUCCUCUAUAGACCCCAAUACUGAAUUCUCUCUCUACCAAACCUCCAGCAGAGAUGUCACCAUCGAGUGACUUUGCGAAUACGGCGAAGUUCCCAAACGGUGACAGUGCCACUUUAAGUAAUUCUCACUUUCAUUGUGCCACAGGCGGGACUAGAAGUUAGUUCUGUACCAAAACCUAGCUCCAGUGGUUGGCAUUCUGUAAGUGCCCACAAAGAUAGAUAUGUAUUCACCGUAGUGGAAACCUUGUCUGUUCCAUUUAAACCAACUCUGUCUUUUACUGACUUUCAGCCUAUUCUGUAAAUCUGUAAAAUAAUGGUUCUUCAUAAGUUCUAAGAUCUUUUAUACCAUUUUAUGCUAGGAUCCAGUGUAUCUGUCAGCCAAGGGAAACAGCUUCUAUUCCACUUAACAUCACAUGCAGUUAGAUACCUUAUUGAUAAUCGAGAGCAGUAUUUAUAAACUGUAUAAUGUGAUAACUUGAAAUAUAGUAAAAUUAAAUUGUAAUUUUUCAUUUAAUAAUUUGCAUUUCAAUUAUCAUUGAGUUAAAAAGCAAUUUUUAUCUAACUUUAGCUUAGAUAUGUUCUAGCCAAUCUAGCGUUGGUAACUGAUUGAUAGUGUUUAUUGACUUCUGGUCAUUUUACAUUUCACAAACCAUUUUUCUGUUGGUAGUAAAGGCUGAGUCUGUAACAUUGUUGUCUUAGAAACAGCCCUAUUCCAUGAAUUCAUUGGUAAUCUUGCAAGUGCAUCCACAUUAUUAACGGCUCAUCGGCAGCAUAUAACGUGUCAAUAAAUAUCGGAUAUGUGAUUGUAAAUUGUGAUUUCUCUUGUCUACUUUAAUUUCAUUAACCGUGUUUCGCAACAUGUAAGCUAAAUGCAUUAUUUAUUUUGGAGUGUGUUUAUACUUUAGGUUCUGUUAAUUAACGUGAUGCAAAUUAGGUUUGUCUUUUUCUCUGGUCCCCUCGUCAAACUUGCACUGUCACUUCAAGAGCUAUUACAGAGCUUGCAUUUUAGUUUUAUAAUAAAAAAAAGUUAGCAAUCUAACUUAAAAUGAAUGUUAGGUUAAUCUCAGGGGUGAAUAAAGUUUUGUCUAGAAACUGGUGUAACAAGAUUGCAAACAACAUAGGUUCUGGGCUGGCUAAUACCAAUUUUGUGCAUAUUGGAUUUCGGACAUCUGCAUACACAGCAUGCUCCCUUCCCACACACACACACUGUGCUGCCCAUGUCCUCUCCUCAGCCUGUCUUCACCCUGGCAGCUAGGGGACAUUACGUCAGAAGAGGCAGAGGAGAAUCAGGCUGAGGAGAGAACUUGGUCUCGGUACUGGAACAGUAGGAAGCUGUAUUUUCAUAGUUUCAGGGGAAAGACCCAGAUAGGAAGGGUUUUAUUCCUGGAUAGUAAGAGUUACCCUUGUUGUAGUAUAGACAAACUGUCACAUUUCUGAAAGUUCCUCAGUUCCUCUACUGCAGCUUUCCUGGGGUGAGAGAGCUGCAGAGGUAAGUAUAAAACACACCUCUACAGAACUAGCUCCAGUGGCACUUAGGCGUUAAAUGUCAUACCAAAUGGAUGUGUGCUUUGUCUUUUCUUUGAGAGUGUGCGAUUUGAACAAAUGCAUGCACACAGCACCGGCGCCACAGUGUUAAAAUUAAUUUACAUGAUAUUUUCUACUUUUCUGCUAGACAUUCAGUUUGAAUUAAAAAAUAACCUUUAGUUAGCUAUCAGGUUGUGAUAAACCCCACGUGUGACAGCUCCCCUUUAAACUACAAAGUGUUGUUGAUCAAUUGGUUUCUGGAUAGGAGAUUUGCCAAGCAAGAGCUUUCAUUUGCACUUCUUCAAAUGAAAUCAGAUGUAUGAUUCUUCAGAUCACUGAUUCAUUAUUUAUUCAGUCUAUUGUCAUCCUGUACUUUAUGUAUCUAUUUAUUUAUUUAUUCAUUUACUUUCUUUGUAAGCCCUUGAUGAAAUGCCAAGGUUAGUUUUAGUGCUUGAAACAGACCUUCAGGGAAGAUUUAUCAAGGCAAGAACAGGUGCUAUUCUGUGUUAUUACCAAUGUGCUAAGCAUUUAGCACAUUGCAUUCAGUAUAGCCCUACACAACAGCGCUCAGAACCACUGUCUCCACUGUAUGAACACUCACUGCAUGCGCAAACCUUAGAGUCACAUGGACUGGGUGACAUGACAGAUAGCUGUAGAUGGUGGAGAUUUCUGGGAUUUUGUUAAAACUGACUGAAAAUUUUUUGACAAAAAAAAAUGAGGGAAUUUACACAUAGCUUCUUAAAGCCAUGACUACUACACCCUGUUCCAAAUUAUUAUGCAAAUUAUAUUUAAGUGUCACAAAGAUUAAAUAUUUUGUUUUUCAGUUUAACUCAUGGAUGGUAUUGUGUCUCAGGGCUCUUUUGAUCACUGAAAACAAUCUCGGACACCUGUGAUAAUUAGAUUGCCAGAUGAGCCCAAUUUAAGGAAAAACUACUAAAGGAGGGUGUUCCACAUUAUUAAGCAGAGUACCAUUUUCAUGCUAUAUGGGGAAGAAAAAGGAUCUCUCUGCUGCCGAAAAGAGUGAAAUAGUUCAAUGCCUUGGACGAGGUAUGAAAACAUUAGAUAUUUCACAAAAACUUAAGCGUGAUCAUCGCACUAUUAAGAGCUUUGUGGCUGAUUCAGAGCACAGACGGGUUUGUGCAGAGAAAGGCACAUUGAGGAAGAUUUCUGCCACAUCCAUGCAUCGGAUCAAGAGAGCAGCUGCUAAAAUACCAUUACGUAGCAGCAAACAGAUAUUUGAAGCUGCUGGUGCCUCUGGAGUCCCACGGACAUCAAGGUGUAGAGUCCUCCAGAGUCUUGCAACUGUGCAUAAACCUUCUAUUCGGCAGCCACUAACCAAUGCUCACAACCAGAAAUGGCUGCAUUGGACAGAAAAAUACAUGAAGACUAAUUUUCAAACAGUCCUGUUUACUGAUGAGUGCUGUGCAACCCUGGAUGGGCCAGAUGGAUGGAGUUGUGGAUGGAUGUUGGAACAUUCUCAAGCAAAAGAUCUAUGAGGGUGUGAGGCAGUUUACAUCAAAACAGCAGCUCUGGGAGGCUAUUCUGACAUCUUGCAAACAAAUUCAAGCAGAAACUGUCGAAAAAUUAACAAGUUCAAUGGAUGCAAGACUUGUGAAGCUGCUAUUAAAUAAGGAGUCCUAUGUUAAAAUGUAACUUGACCUGUUAAAAUGUUUAAAAAGUAAAAAUGUUGUUAUAAGUUUGAUUGAAAUAGCUUUUGAUUUCAGUAAAUAUGCUGCAAACUCAACAAAUGACAAUUUUAAGUUCUUUACAACCUAUAAAGUGUUUUGAAACUUACUGUGCGUUAUAAUUUGGAACAGUGCAUUGGAAGUUUUUUAUGUUUAAAAAAAUACUGUUAUCAUUAGGAGGUUUGUUCAAUAAAAUUUGAAUUGUACUCUUAAUAGUUGAUAACAUGAGAAUUAUGCUGACUGUUUUUUACAUCAAUUAUUUAGGUAAAUGAGAAAAAUAUAAUUUGCAUAAUAAUUUGGAACAGGGUGUAUAGCAAAUUAUACAGGUUAUGGUGCUCACCGUGUCCCAUUUAUAUACUUCUUGCCUUUACAAAAUAUUGAUUAAUGGAAGAUUUCAAGACUUUUUACACUGUUUCAGGAGGUACUUUAAAAUGUAUUUAUUUUUUAUAAUUCUUUAUUUUCAAAAUGCUUUGAUGUAACACAAGUAGUAUGAGCGGUAGGCAUAUGGUUAAAGCAUAUGAGUUACUUAUAAACAGUGAAUGAAUCAACAAUCUAAAAACAUGCAUUGCAGCAGUGAUUAAAGGCAUCAAUUUCUCUUUUUAAUCCAAGCAUUUGACAUUUGUUUGGGGACAAUGGGAAUGAGUUAGCUCAGGUAUGAGCUUUAAUAAGGUUAUCAAGCUUGUCGUGGUCCCUGAGCGUGGAACCUAUGAUGUGUUUCAGGCAUAUUUGUGGAUUCAGGCAUAUUUGUGGAGGCGCGGACUAAGGGUACAGUGUCAUAUAUGAUAUAUCAUGCUGGCAUCAGGCUAAGGAGGUGGGUUCAUAUCGCACUAGAUGUGGGCUUAUGUGCUCCAGAUAAUUAGUGGGUGGAUUAGGGGGUUAUGCAUCCAUGCUGAGAACACCUGACCGAAGGGCGCAGCGGGCGUGGGGGAGGUGGUACGCCAUAUGGUGAGAGCUAUGUAUGUGCCAGCCCAAUCAGCCCUCACUUUUGCAAGACUCGUGCCUGUGAGGGUAGUGGGAGGUGUUGCCAGCAGUGAACAAAAUGCAAACUACAAAAUGAAACCAACUAUGUACAUAAAAUAAGUCAGGGCUUUUCUUAGGGGUUGUCCCACAUGAAAGAUCCCCAUGCAGUCAUGGUAACGCAGGCUGUGAGCUCGUAGCUCUUGGGACAAAGGGUCUUAUUGAAGCGGGGUCCCAGGAAUCCACCGGUGCACUUGAGGUUGAGGGUGCGUUCGGGUGUAACAGUCCCAAUGUUCUUUUCCUAUAGAGGGAAGUGCAUGCUCAGUCCCUUCUUGAGUCUCAGCUAAUGAGACAUUCACUCCCCAGCUGUAGUCAAUUUGUGCGGUUCUCGACUGUAUCGUGAAAGGUCCAAAGGAUUUGCACAUCAGGAGGGUGGACUUCAUGAGAUCCUGGUACAAUGUAAGAGUUGAGUUUUCAAAGGUGAGAGGUGCAUUGCCUUUCAGCGCUGACAUUAUUUGGAGUUUAUCCGGCAGCGUGAUACAUCUGAUAAUGACGUCCCGUAUCAUAGAGAUUGUGCGGUAAGUAGUGUCUGGAAGAUGAUAUACACUGUCAAUAUGUAUUUUCUUGGCCACUGCAUGAGGCAGGAUAGUAAUCAGCAUUCUUCUGAUGCAGUGUGGCAGUUCUUCUGCAGUGACCGCUGCGGGGAUGCCCCUUAUCUUAAUAUGUGUACGUCUCUGACGGUUUUCGAGUGUCGUGAGUCUGAGUGACAGGGUUUUGUUUUGAGCUUGGAGCACUUGCAUGGAGUUAUCCACGUUGGUUAGGUGAUUUUGCACUGCCAUCAUGUCUUCCUCAGUAACUCUAACUCUCUCUGUAACUGCCUGUAAACUGUGUCAGUUUUUAGAAGUGUGGAGUCCGCCACCAGUAGUUUAUGGAUGUCCGCCAAUAGAAGUUUUAAGUCCCGCUUAGUGGUAGGUGCGGAGUUGUCAGACAGCUCUUGUGGCUCAGCUUGUGGGAUUGGUGAGUGCUGCGAGCCUUCUGGCCUGUCAUGGCCUUUUGCAGCGUCUCUGUCCCCGGCAUGCAGACCUUCCGAGGGAGUGGGAGUGGGUCUGGGCCUUUGUAGCAAGGCCCCUAUAUCCCGUCCCUCUGCCGGGUUUUGGGGUUUUUGAGUGCCGACCCAUUCCUGGCAUAUGUGCUGUGAGGCUGGCGGUGUUGGGGCGGGUGGGAUCUCGUCACUGUUUGCAGCAAUACCUCCCAGGAGUUCUUCCAGGCCUUGAAGUAUGCCCCAGGCCUGUGCUUCCUUUAGGAUGGCUUUGGCACCAGCAGGAGGUACUUUUUAAUGCGAUUUAUAAACAUGUUAUAUGCCUGCAAGGUCAGGCAUUAGGGUUUAUAGCUUGUGCUAAGGAUUCUGGGUUGGCAUUCAGGAACAUUCAGUGUAAACAUACAGGGUUAUUCGCUAAAAUUGAACAUUCCAAGUAAAUUUCAAAUGUAAAGUAAGCAAAGUCGAACUGGAACAAUCCUCUGUCAGUCAUGCUUUCAGUUUGGAAACUUUGACUUUAAAUCAGAAAUUCACAUUGUAUUCAUUUUUUAUACAUUUAGUAAAUUACCCUGAUAGUGUUGUUGUGAAAAUGAUUAUUUCCUUCUAUUAUAAUAUGAGAUUUCUUUUUGUUUUUACUUUUUUUUUUUUUUUACUUUUACAUUUGGUCCCGUUAUGCCGGACCUGUAUUAUUUCAGUCUAGUUCUAUAACAGAAAGCCCAAUAGUUAUCAGUAGGUAAAUACAUCAAAAUAAGUGAUUGUCUUGGCCCAUUACCGUCCUUAAUAAUACAUGCAAGAUGCUAACGGGGCUGGAAACUACUACUGAUGCAAUGAUCUAGGCCCAUUAAUUAAACAUUGAUGGUUAAAUAAAACCAGUAUGAUGCUUUGACAUUGUUAAUAUUUGAUCCAAAGUAAAUAAUAUGUAUAGUGAACAAAUAUAGCCCAUAAUGUAUAAACUGUAUCAGACAUAUACUACAACUUCAGUGAUGUUUUGCCAAUCUAAAGGCUUUCAAGGCAUCAUGGGAGUUGUAGUUGUAACGUCUAUUUUUUUUGGCAACCCUGGUUGAAAUAGUUACUGUUGUAUCUAUAAAAACAUGGAGAUUCUUUAUUGGAAUAUAUCUGGUUCUAUGCGUUUUAAAACUAUGCCUAAUGUCUCUGUCAAUGGCCUGCAGUGUAAAGGAUUGACAUCUGCUUGGUAGCUACACAGUUACAGGUACAAAGUGUCAUCCAAGUGGCAUAUAUAUUGGAAAAGGAUAGCAUUAAGCAGUAUCAGUGAGGAUAUUGAAUAUUCCUACUGUGAUGCCUGUUUCAGGUUGACCCCUUAGAUUAUUCUGCGCUUUGGGGUGCAUGGGAGAGUAGUAAACAUCCCCCUGGAAUUCACUAUAUAUUCACUUAUAUCCUGCCUUCUCAUAGUGAGGGUUGCAUCCUUGGUCAGUGAUUUACACUGUUCUGGUCAAUGUAUAUAUUCACUGAUAUCUCUAUAGUCUCUGUAUAGAAAUGUGUCCAGAUUUAUAGGCUACAAAUAGCUCAAAGUUUUAUAGGCUAAAAAUAGCUCAUGCUCAUUUGCACUUGUGUACUUUGUCAAAAGAGCAAUAUGACAUUUACACAUUAAAGAAAAUAUAUAUGUAACUUUGUUAUUACCUAAAUUCAUAGGUUUAUUUCUUCCUUAUGUUACGUAACGUAAUGUUUGUUACUGUCAGGAAUGGGUAAUCCACACACACACACACAGAGUAUAGGGAAACAGUAACCAGAAUGAAACAAUAAAAAGAGAGAAGGUAUGUUUACCAGACCUUAGAAUGGCCGCGAUAACAUGUGCCCUAGAUAGGUGAAAAAUACAGAGUCAAAAUAGGAAGCCAAGAUCAAGGAUACCAGAGAUACUCAAUUACGAAAUAACAAGCCAAAGUCAGUGAACCAGAAAAUCAGAAAAGCCAAAUACAAAGCUGGGUCUGUAACGAGAAAAACAAAGUAAGCACUCUCGGGCAGAAUAAACCAUGACAGGGCAAUGAUCUCCAGGAGAACAAAAAUGUUAUUGGACAGCAUCAUCACCCUUCACCAAAUCACACAAAGAGGUGUGACCUGUGAAAGGCAGAUGAUGUAUCCCAAUAAUAUGACCUGUCACAUGCUAUAAAAAGCCUGCACCUACAGGAUCCUGUAAUUUCCAAGGACUCCUGUAGGUUGUGCAAAGCGGUCAAAAUGAUUAGGAAAUCUUGCCAGAAGACAAAUCACGCAGGGGCUGCUCUGCACAUGGCGCAACCAAAUGCCGCACAGCGCUGACUGUGGCCGAGACGGUGUGGGACUGGAGACUUCGUGGCUGCUGCGCAGCACCCCCUGGAAGUCGCAUGUGCCGCACAGCAUACCGAGGUAUGACAUUUACGCAGUUCACACAUCCUCACAAACAUAAUUUGCGACAAUUACGAACAUCUGAAUAGACAGACACAUACAGAAUCAGACACAAUCACACAUUAGCACACACUGAUAGAACACUAACAUACUAGUACAAGUACAAGCACACCUGCACAUAGGUACGUCAUAGUACACAUACUAAGUCGUACCCUGGCAAGCAGACAUUCUGUCACACACACUCUAGUUCACAUACAUGGACACACAGAGUUCACGAAUACCGACACACACUAGCACCCAUGCUGACACUAGCAAACAUGCAGAGGCACACAUACAUAAACACAAACUCACACACAUAAUUGGAAACACAGUAGCACACAAACAUAUGUAUAUACACAGCCUCAUCACCACAUAUACACAAAAGUUAUAAUUUUAUAACAUUGAUUAGCAUUAUUCACAAACCCUUAAAUCAGUAACAGAAAUGCAUUCUAAUCUUAUAGUAGAAUACUUAUUAAUUAGCACUAUAGUGCAAGGGUUGAAAAGUUGCGUGGUUUGAGGACACAGUAAAGGUAUCAACUUAAUUCAGAAAAAGGAGUUGCGCUCGACUAUUUAUUUUUGGAUACUGUGUUCGAACAUAGGCUUCUUGGAUGAAAGGCUAAUUAAAGUGGUGUGUCCUACGACAAUACAGUGGGUGCUAAGGAACUAGACUUCUGGAGUAACCCCAACCCUCAAUGGGCUAUAAAGUAAAUUGAAAUGCUGUUUGUUAAAUGUCAGAAUUCAUAUAAUUUUCACAGAACAUUUUCACAUAUUCUCUAGCAGAGAAUGAUGAUUUUGUCCACAUUAACUUGUACUCAUUAAACUUGAAUGUACGUUCAAAGUGUCUUCGGUAAAUAGCAAAAUUACUACUUUAGGUCAAAUUCAGAUAAUAUUUCAGAAGUUUGCACAUUUUGGUUCUGAUUUAGAGCUUAGUAUCUCUUCUAAUUUGAGAUUUGCAGACUUUUUUUGGUGAGGAAACACCAAUAGAAAAUGGAACAUUGUUUUGAAAAGUAUGGGUAUACAUUCAACGAUCAACACUGGCAGAUUCAGAACCACAUAUUUACUUACUAUUACACAUACAUACUGUGUUCAUGUUUGGAUGAUAAUUCUGCUGCAUAUUCUCUCACUCUCUCUAGCUUUUGUGACCUGCUUUGACAAGGACUCAUUGGCAUGUCAGCUAUCCAAACUUAUGGAUGAGAAGCCCAACAUGACAUGCCUUCUCCAAUAUGCACCACUAUGCCUUCUAUAGAACAGAAACUACUAUCUAUCAUACAAAGUUACAGCAAAGCUAACACUCUCUCCUUAACGUAGGACUUUUUAGUGGUUUUUUUUAUUGACCUACCUGCGCAUACAUUUUUGUGUAAUAAUAAUCUCCAGAUUCUUCAAUUAAUGAUACAUUUGUAGAUCAUGUCUCUUUAAAACCAGUGAUUACUAUUUAGGGGGAGAUUUUUUUUUAACUUUUGAACAUUAAAAAAAACAAAAAACAACAAACUGUAAAAUACCACUAAAGUUGCCUAGACCAUUUCUCAAUGAAGGAAGUGGUCCUGUCAUUUUAACUAUGCAAUGCAACACAUUGUGUGUCUAUAGUUUUGUAGAAAGUUCAAUGUUUACAUUGGAGGGUUAAAUGCACCUCUGGUGGCUGUCUUUCUUCCUUCAGAACAGAGUGAUACCCAGUCCUUCAAUCAAUGUCACUGAUAGCAUUUAACAUUUUUUAUUUACUGGACUAUAGGUUCCUUUGAAACAUUUUGUUGUAGAGGUUUAUUAUAGGCAAUGCAAAGCAAAACACACUUGAAAUUGUGUAACGGUUCGUCCAGUAACAAUGAUACAACUUGGAUAUUUUUAAAAACAUUUACCAUACUGAAAAAUGGUGUAAUCAUUCUGAUGACAGGUGGCAAAUUAGGUCGAGCUAGCUCCAAUUAUGAUUGGUAAGUUCUAUGAGAAUAUAAUACACAAUUAUUAUGAUUGCAUCCGAAUAGAUAGCAUGAAACAUUAAUAAAUAUUAUGUGCGAUCAAAAUGCUUUUGCUCUGUGCUAAUGCAAUCAGUUGCUGGUGAAAUUAUGUUAACAGUGUGCUGGGUUUUAAAUCUUUCAUAUUUAUUAUUUGCAAUCCUGUCAAUUUAUUACAUUCUAUUUAACUCAGAUGUCCUGGAAAACUUAAAAAAGUUAAACUUGUGCUGUUGAAAAAAUGUUUUGUCAGUAAUUCCAAACCGCUCCUAAAUCAUCAUUCAUUUAAAUUCUGAUUGUGGGACCUUAAUAAAAUUAACAAAUAGUUCUAAAUAAAGAUAACAUAUGAUCAUUAAAAGUAACAUUUUCAAAUUCUUAGCUUAUUAUUAUAUAGAACAAUAGUUAAGUCAUGUAUAGCAAUUAGUUUAUAAAGAGCCCAGCAGGUGUGUGUAGAAUAGGUUACAGAGUCCUUUUAUUAAAGGAACACUAUAGGGUCAGGAACACAACUAUGUAUUCCUGACCCUAUAGUGCAAAACCCACCAUUUAGGUGGCUUGCCCCCCUCAGCCCCCUUAGAAGGAAUUAAAACUCACCUUAUUUCCAGUGCCGCGCGGGUCCAUCUGCACUGGCCCUGCCCCCUUGGUGACAUAAUCAGAAUUGCUAUAGGGAAAGCAUUGCAUUGGAUAAAAUCGGCAUGGGGGCGGGGCCAAGCACAGUUUUGGCCAAUCAGCAACUCCUCAUUCAUAGAGAUGCAUUGAAUCAGUGUAUUUCUUUGAGGAAAAUUCAGCUUCCCCAUGCAGUGCGUGGAGACGCUGAACAGCAGUGCUGCCUACUGUGCAGCACUGCCCCAGGAAGCACCUCUAGUGGCCAUCUGAGGAUUGGCCACUUGGAGGUGUCCCACUGCCUUUUUUCACGGGCCAGAAGGUGUUAAACUUGAUCUCACGAUAGGUGCCCCUGAAGGCACAGAGACAGCGAGUAUACAAAGCCUUAAAAAUUCAGUACAAAAGCUAAUAGGUGCCCUUGAAGGCACAGCAUAGGCAUUCAGUUUCCUACAAGACAGCUAGAUAUCCAGUGUUACUGAGUGUACUGAACCUGUGACACCCAUUACUAAAGCUAAGAGGUGCCCUUGAAGGCACUACAUAGGUAUUCACCCUCUUACAAAACUAUUAGACAUAUAGACUGCAUUGGAAGUACCUACAAGAAACCUCUGUUAUAAUUAGCCCAAUCUAAUAGUUCCAUAUAAUUCAGGCUAAUACUGCAUGGACUAUUUAAUAUGUGUUUUUCUUUCUGACACUCCAGUUCAGCUAGCUACCUCUGUGACCACCCUUGAUCGUAUAACUACACUUUGUUAUUCUCUCAAAGUAGCAACCAAGAGAUAUAUUUGUUGCCAAUUCCACUAGGAGACUAGCUAAUUGACAAGACAAGGGAAUUGGAGCCAUCCAGAAUACAGCUUAAAGGACCACUAUAGGCACCCAGACCACUUCAGCUCAAUGAAGUAGUCUGGGUGCCAGGUCCAUCUAGGAUUAACCCUUUCUGCUGUAAACAUAGCAGUUUCAGAGAAACUGCUAUGUUUACCUAUGGGUUAAACCAGUCUCUAGGGGCUGUCUCAUUGACAGUCGCUAGAGGCGCGUCUGCGCUUCUCACUGUGAUUUUCACAGUGAAAAGACGCCAGCGUUCAUAGGAAAGCAUUGAGAAUGUUUUCCUAUGGACUGGCUGAAUGUGCGCGCAUGCGCAUUCAGCCGAUGACAGGGAAAGGAGGCAGAGAGUCCCCACUGCAGAGGGAGCCCGGCGGUGGAGAAAAGGUAAGUGUUUAACCCCUUCCUCACCGGAGGACCCUAAGGGUGUGGGGGGGGGGGGACCUAGAGACCCCAUAGUGCCAGGAAAACGAGUAUGUUUUCCUGGCACUAUAGUGGUCCUUUAAACACAUAUUCCUCUGUUUCUUCUUUUUCAUUUUCAUAGGGUCUAUCAAAUUCAUAUAUAUAUUUUUUUCACGAUAUUACCUUUGUUUCUUAUUGUGUGAUAUUUAUAGAUGUUCUUUUUCUCUUUUAUUUUAAAUAUACUAUUAAAUGAUAAGUUUUAAUUUUUACUUGUAUAUACCUGCGGGCAAUUUCCGAAUUUAGCAAAUCUGAAAAACAAUAUGUUCCAUUUCUAACACCUUGUCAGUUUGCAAUAUCUCUUAAAGAUAAAAUACACAGUUUGAGAAAUACAAUAUUUGCAUUUUGCCCAUAAUAUGUUUUCAGUUUGGCUAAUUUGGUCUUAAAUUUGAAAUUCACUUUAAAUUCACUUAGAAUUCCCUCCAGUUCUUUCUUUAGUAAAUAACCCGGUAAAAGUCUAGCACAAUUCAGUAUAUAAUUCCAAACCUGACGUUGUGAUGUUACAAAAUUAUUUCUUUUUAGUGAAUAAUUAGUUGCAUUCUCUGUGAGUUAACUGCCUUGAAACAAGCUCAAGAUCUGUUCUUGGAGACAUUCGGGCAUGGUAAAUAAACAAACUUCGAUGCUAGCGAACAUGAAUAAAAGAGCUUUGAAUAGAGGGUAAAAUAUGCCAAAAGCAGUUGUAUGACUGUAGCUGAGGUCUUAACUACUUGGAACAACACGCUAUUUUGGGAUGUGCUUUAGGUGAAUUCUCUCAGGUUCCAAGUUUUGAAGAUAACUAUUUCUCACCCAGCUUGGAAUCAACAGUUAUAAAAAUGAAUACCCACAGGAAAAAAAGCUAUAAAAGAGGAUUCCUCCCCCUGGUGACUAUGAAUGGGAAUCAUGGAAGGCUGAAAUUUGUAGAAAGAUGUCAAACAUGAGCAGGUAAAGAAAGCAAGCCUACAAUUUCUCCCACCUCAGAAGGACCCAAGCCAUCGCCUGGAUAAAUACAACCUAUCCCACCCUCAAUCUAAUGGGUAUUAUUAUUAUUAUUAUUAUUAUUAUUACUGGUAUUUAUAUAGUGCCAGCAUAUCCAUAGCGUACUAAAAGAUACCUAGUCCCCUCUUCCCACUGUUUUUGACUGCACCUAAUAUUUGGAAGGGUAAUGUAGACAAUCUUCAGCACUAAAGAUGUUGUGGACUACAUAUCCCAUAAUUAUCUUACAGCCAUAAUGCUGGAAAACAUCAGGUCAGAUGUAGUUCACAACAACCUGAGUGCCAAAGUUUGCCUACACCCUGGGUUAGACCAUUCCCUGGUCUAACCUUAUAAAAACAUUUAUUUUUACUUGUCAGCAGUCCAUCCCCUCUGUGCUGCUUGGUCUAAUAUAGAAGCAUUAGCCUGAGAAACAAUAAGGGACUGUGAUUGGAUGAGAGAGUCAGCUGACUGUUUGCAGCUUAUCACAGCAUCCAUUACUGGUAUACAUUAGUAUGGCCUUAAGGAAGUGUGUAAUCUCUGCCUUAGCCACACCUCCAUUAGGGUCUGUGGGUGGCCAGUGACCCUUAUUUUGUGUAAAGCUGCUGGAAAAUGAUUUAAUACUAAAUGGAGGGACAGUCCCAGAGGACUCCAAUCACUAUAACCAAUUCAGUGAGAUGAAAUGGCUUUUUUAAGGCUCUGUACAGCAUGAAAUCAUAACAGUUAAUAUAUUUUUAUGUUUACUUUCAAACCUGCAGCUAUUAGCUGUGCGUUGCUUUUCUCGUCUGCACUAGUCAGUGUUUGUUAACUGGAAAGGUUACGCAGGGGCUACUGGAUGUCUAAAUUCCCUACUAGGUUUUUAGUGCUGAGUUUAGACAGAAUCUUUUUGGCGCUAUGUCAGCUUCUUUUAAUAGAUAUUAAGAUAGUGGCAGGAGUAGAUUGGGUCGUUGACGUCCCACUCCCAUAAACUUUUAUGUGAGAAGAAUGCUACUGUCAGUGUUUAACACCCACAAGGGGGUUUUACUAAACAGAGAGAAUUGCGUUAAACUAUGCUUUACAUGAUAUUUAUUCAAAUGACUGGCUGAGUGAACUAGUUAUUUAUCUCCAAUAAGCCCUUAUAGUUUAUUACAGUCUCAACAACUCUGUGCUGUGGCUUGCAGUGCAACAAGGCAGAAUUUAUUAAAGCAUGGGCUAUCCAAGCAGCAAUUCUCCACUUUUUGGGUAACCUAAAUCCCUAGGAUAAUUUGCAAGCCUAGAGACAAGCCCUAAUGUGAACUUUAGUCCUGCAACAGCUGGACUGAGACAUGUUUGCUAUUUCAUUUGAGAUAGUUGCACAGCAUCAUGUAAAGGUUAACUGCAAUUGUGCCCAUUGGGAUUUUAAAAAAUACAGUCUUCUAACGAAUCAUUGCUGCUGUUUAAAUUUGCUUGAUUAACUGAGAUCAUUCAUAUAUGUCAGGAAACGGCUAUAAGUUGAGAUUUCUCCAAUGUGAAGAGACUCUGCCCUGUUUUAAAUUGUUGUGACGUCCACAUUACUUCUAUUUUGUUUCAGCUUUGUUAUUAUAAGUAAUAACAAAUAUGAAAUAAUAUUAAAAAAAAAAAAAAAAUGUUUUCCUUGAUGCCCAUUUUAUUUAUUCUAGCAAGUGAGGGCCAAUUAAGAACAAAGCAUCUGUUUCCCUUCAGGGUAAACAUGAAAUGAUUUGAAAGUGAAUGAGCACAGAAAAGUAGUUACUGAUGUGUUACAUUUACAUAUUUUCCAAUAUUGCUUGAACUGAAAGUACUUGUGUUGCAUUGAUGCUUAUAUUUCUGUAAGGUCUAGUUUACGUUUAUCAUUUUAUCAUUAACUCUUCACUACUAUGUUCUAUUAGUUAAAUAACUAACCCAUAGCAUUAGGACAGCCUAGCAGUUUAGAAUUCAGAGAUCCUCUGGCACACCUGAAAUUUUAGAAAUAAUAUAGAAUACUUGUAACAAGCGGAACGAAUCAGGAGGACCACCAUAAGCAAAGUGACUGGACAAUGUGGAGAGAAGCUUUUUGAGUCUAAUCCGUGGACACAGGGCUAGAGCAGCAAUCUGAUUGGGUAGGGAAUAUCAGCGCAUCAUAACAGCAACAUCAAGGCUGUGAAAAAAAGACAUGCUCCUACACUUUGUGUUCACCUGUCAAUUUUGCAAGGAGUAACCAAAGAUUUAAGCAUUUUUAGCACUUUAGAUAAAUGUUUGCACACUUGACAAUUCCGUUCUACUUUUUGUACUUCAUGUUCUACUUUGACUUAAUCUUGAAAGUUGCUGUAUAUGUGUCACUACCGUUGUAAGGAGAGAACUAUGUUUAUUUAUAAAAUAUUUUACCAGGAAAGAUACAUUGAGAUUUCUCUCGUUUUCAAGUAUGUCCUGGGUCCACAAAUCAUUGCAUGGUUACAUUAGAAAAAAAAAAAAUGUCUUUGGUUUUUACUAUAUGUAUUAGCUGAUGUGUACUGUAGUCAUUGCUGCCGUCCCAGGAGUGAUGGGAGUGAGCGCAGGACUUUUCUUUUUGUAUUUCUAUUCACUUUUUGUAUCACACAGCUUUGUUACAAUGCAGCCGCCCAUCCCAUGUGUCCCCUAUUAAGAGUUAACAAGUAUAUAGGGGUGUAUAUAAAAAAUACCCCUUUCUGUCUCAAUAGAGAUAUUUUUGCCAGAGGCUCAAGGAAGCAAGGUGAAAGGUCAGUGUAGGACCCAUCUAGGGGGUCUGCCUUGACGUUGGCAGGCGGGCAUUCCCUCCAGUGGCCAUUGGAGUAACUAAAUGACCUCCAUUUGUUUAAAUAUACAUAGGGAUUAAGGAGAGAGCGCAGGUAACUUUUUUCUUUGGUUUUUUACUAUAUAUACUAGCUGAUGUGUACUGUAGUCAUUGCUGCCGUCCCAGGAGUGAUGGGAGUGAGCGCAGGACUUUUAUUUUUGUAAUUGUUACAUUAGGGUACAAUAAAAUACAAAAACAAUAUUAAUACACAAUAAAUACAAAAUUUAACAUAGAAUAGGUAGGAAAUAGAUAAUCAACCAUGACAGGUGCAUUCUGUUUUGAGGUAUGUAGAGAGGGAUCUCUAAAAGGACUUUAGGCUUAGGGAAAAUUUUAAAUUGUGCGGGAGGUCAUUCCACAAUUGCGGUGCUCUGUAGGAGAAGGAGGAUCGGGCCGUUUUCUUUUUGUAUUGAGGUAGACUAAGUAAAGUAUUGGUACUGGAUCGGAGGUUAUAGGAAGUGGGAACAGCCGAGGAGAGCAUUCUGCUCAGGUAGGGUGGGAGUUUCCCAGAAAAGGUCUUAAACACAAGGCUGGAAAGAUGAAGGGUGCGUCUGGUUUCCAGCGACAACCAGUUUAGUUCUUUUAGCAUGUCACAAUGGUGGGUCCUGUAAUUACAUUGUAGCACAAAUCGGCAGAACGAGUUAUACAAUGUGUUGAGUUUAUUAAUGUGGGAUUGCGAUGCAGAUGCAUAUACUACAUCCCCAUAAUCAAUGAUUGGCAUCAGCAUUUGCAGUACAAUCUUUUCCUUUACUGUAGGGCUUAGGAAGGAUUUGUUUCUGUACAGGGCACCUAGUUUUGGAUAAAGUUUAGAUGCAAGUUUUUCUAUGUGGAGGCCAAAAGAUAGAAUGGGGUCUAAAAUCAUACCCAAGUGUUUGAAAGAGUGGACUGCGAUCAGUGUGCCAUUUGAAUUUGUUUUGAUGGAUAGGUGGGAAUUGUGUAAUUUGUGUAAUUUAGGUACUGUUCCAAAGAUCAUUGUGACAGUGUUGUCAGUGUUCAGGAAGAGUUUGUUUUUUGCAAUCCACUUUUCUACAUCUGUAAAUAUAUAAAAUGUAUGUAUUGAAAUGUUCUCCACUGUUAAAUGCUUCUGUUUUGUGUUUUUACAAAUGUUGGAGAUACUGAAGAUACUGUAUUUUACGUUAAUUAUUGCAUUUCAUUUACCUUGUAUAUAAUUUUGAGUGCACCCUUUUUUCUUUUCUCUUCAUUCCAAUCUCCUUAAAAUAAGUGACAUCAAUUAUGACAAUAUUUUGUGUUGCUAGUUACUUCCUUUACUCUCCCUUUAUUAAUGCCCAUUUCACUUGCCCUUUUUGUUUGUUUGUUUUGUUUAUAGUUUAUUCUUCUUUACGCCGGUUGCCAUAUUCCUUUCCCGUUUGUCAACCCCCUUCCCCUUUUCAGGCUUCUUUCCUACAUUUCAGUCCCCUAAAACCUACCUUCCCUUCUUGACCAUCACCUUAUAUCACUCCGUCCUAGUGCCUUCUUCAAUGUGUACCAUCCUUCCCAUGUAUGUUAGCCUUACCUGCAUGUCAGUCUCUUUUCAUCCUUCUUCCCAUUUAAACGGUGGCACCCUGUGCCCAAUUUGGAAGUAAAUCCCUCAUUUUUGUGCCUUGCAAGCAUUUAUAUUAUAGGGACACUCAGAUGCCCAAAUACAAAAUACAUACAAAUUACUGAUUAGUAGAUAUACCCCAUAUGAAAACAUGCAUGUAUUUACUUAAUUUCUCUUUGGGGGUAUAUCUAAAAUCAGUGUGCAAAACCUGCAGUUCUAUUGUCUGCUGCCUUGGCAAGCUCUCACCCAGACUUUCUGUGGCAGUCCCAUCACAUACUUCCAAAUGUAGCUCAAUGAGAAGUGAUGUAAAUCAGGUGCUCUGGGCAAUUGAUGCCUCUUGAGGACCAGGAAGUAACAUUGCCAGUUGUCUGCUUGAAAGCCAAGGGGGUGUAACCAGGUUAAUUUAUAAAAGUGUCAAUUUGAAGGGGGAAGUUAUCAUCAUGGGUGACUGUAACCCCUUAAGGACACAUGACAUGUGUGACAUGUCAUGAUUCCCUUUUAUUCCAGAAGUUUGGUCCUUAAGGGGUUAAUCUUCCUGAUGUGAAUUGGAAAACAAAAAUAGCUACUUGUGCCAGGAGCACACAUAUUCUAAACUCCCUACUGGGAUUGUCUCUAAAACAAGUCGUUGAGAAGCCAACUUGUAAAGAGGCCAUACUAGAUUUAGUGUUAACAAAUGGAGAUUUGGUAUCAGAUAUUAUUGUAGGUGAAAGUUUAGGAUCCAGGGAUCAUCAGUCAGUGUGGUUUAAUAUAAGAACAGUGACUGAGUCACACCACACAAAAACAAAAGUUUUAGACUUUAAAAAAACAGACUUUUCUAAAAUUAGAAUAUGUGUAAAGGAGUCAUUAUUAGACUGGAGCAAUUAAAAUGGAGUCCAAGAGAAAUGGGAUUAUUUAAAAGUUGCACUGCUGAAGGCAACAGAAAAUUGCAUUAGGCUUGUCAGUAAAAGCAAAAAAUUCAAGAAACCACUGUGGUACUCCGCAGAUGUGGCCGAAAUAGUAAAAAACAAAAAGUUAGCAUUGUAAAAAAAAACAGAGUGAGGAAGACAGAAUGAUCUAUAAGAUUAGGCAGAAAGAGGCUAAGCAAGUUAUAAGAGAUCCCAAAUCACACAGAGAAGAGAAAAUAGCACAGUCAGUAAAAAAAAGGGGACAAAACAUUUUUUUAGAUACAUAAAUGAGAAAAGGAAAGUAAAACAAGGAUUAGUUAGAUUAAAAACAAAAGAAGGAAGGUACCGUAUAUACUCGAGUAUAAGCCGAGUUUUUCAGCACAUUUUUUGUGCUGAAAAACCCCAACUCGGCUUAUACUCGAGUCAGUGUCUGUAUUAUGGCAAUUUACAUUAAUUUACAUUGUCAUAAUACAGACUGGGGGCUAGCAGAGCUGUUACUUACCUCUCCUGCAGCUCCUGUCAGCUCUCUCCUCCUCCGCGCCGGUCCGGUCAGCACCUCAGUCAGCUCCCAGUGUAAGUCUCGCGAGAGCCGCGGGGUCAUAGUGCGGCUCUCGCGAGACUUACAGUGUGAGCUGAGAGAAGAGCUGCACGGACCGGCGCGGAGGAGGAGAGAGCUGACAGGAGCUGCAGGAGAGGUAAGUAACAGCUCUGCCAGUCCCCCUCCUCCCCCCACUGAACUGCCAAUGCCACUGGACCACCAGGGAAGGAGAGCCCCCCUCCCUGCUAUGUAUCAAGCAGGGAGGGGGGGGGACGAAAAAAUAAAUAAAUUAAUAAUAUAUAAAUAAAAAUAAUAAUAAAACAAAUAAUAUAACCAAAAAUUUAAAUAAUAUUAAUUAAUAAUAUAUAAAUAUAAAUAAAAAAAUAAUUUAAAAAAUAAUAUAACCAAAAAAAUUAAAAUAAUAAAUAAUAAUAUUUUUAUUUUUUUUAUUUUUUAUAAAAAUGCCCAUCCCCCACCAAGGCUCUGCAACACAAACACACACUGCACUCAUACACACACACACUGCAUUCAUACACACACACACUGCACUCAUACACACACACUGCACUCAUAUACACACACUGCGCACUCAUACAUACACUGCGCACUCAUACAUACACUGCGCACUCAUACACACACACUGCAUCACACACGCACACACACUGCACUCAUAAACACCCACACUGCACUCAUACACACACACUGCAUUCAUAUACACAAACACUGCAUUUAUAUACACACACACUGCACUCAUACACACACACUGCACUCAUAUACACACACAGCGCACUCAUACAUACACUGCGCACUCACACACACACUGCAUUCAUCAUAUACACACACUGUAAAUAAAUAUUCAAUUAAUAUAAUUUUUUUAGGAUCUAAUUUUAUUUAGAAAUUUACCAGUAGCUGCUGCAUUUCCCACCCUAGUCUUAUACUCGAGUCAAUAAGUUUUCCCAGUUUUUUGGGGUAAAAUUAGGGGCCUCGGCUUAUAUUCGGGUCGGCUUAUACUCGAGUAUAUACAGUAUGUAGAAGAGGAUAAAGGUCUAGCCGACUGCCUCAAUGAAUAUUUUUGUUCAGUAUUUACAGAUGAAAAUGAAGGAAAAAUGACAAAUUACAGAGAAAGAGGUUCUAUUUCAACUGUCAAAAGUAAAGACAAAUACGUCAAAAGGACCUGAUGGAAUUCACCCAAAGUUAUUAAAAGAACUUAGUGGUGUACUAGCAAAACCAUUAACAGAUGUAUUUAAUCAAUCAUUGUUAAAAGGAGUAGUCCCAGAAGAUUGGAAGUUAGCGAAUGUUGUGCCCAAGAUAGGUAAUAGGGAGGAGUCGGGCAACUAUAGGCCAGUAAGCCUUACUUCAGUAGUGGGGAAAGUAAUGGAAACCAUGUUAAAGGAUAGGAUUGAUGAACAUCUAAAAACACAUGGAUUUCAAGAUCAGAGACAACAUUGGUUUACUUCAGGGAGAUCAUGCCAAACUAAUCUUAUUGAUUUUUUUUGAUUGGGUAACUAAAAUAAUAGAUCAGGGAGGUGCAGUAGACAUUGCUUACCUAGAUUUCAGUAAGUCUUUUGACACUGUUGCACAUAGAAGGCUUAUCAAUAAAUUGCAAAGUUUGGAUUCCAAUAUUGUUGAAUGGGUAAGGCAAUGGCUGAGUGACAGGCAACAGAGGGUUGUAGUCAAUGGAGUAUAUCCGAAGCUUGAUCUUGUCACCAGUGGGGUACCUCGGGGAUCUGUACUUGGACCCAUUCUCUUUAAUAUUUUUAUUAGUGAUAUUGCAGAAAGUCUUAAUGGUAAGGUAUGUCUUUUUGCUGAUGAUACAAAGAUAUGUAACAGGGUUGAUGUUGCAGGAGGGAUAAAUGAUUUAGGUAAACUAGAAAAAUUGUCAGAGUUAUGGCAACUGACAUUUAAUGUGGAUAAGUGCAAGAUAAUGCAUCUUGGACGUAAAAACCCAAGGGCAGAGAACAGAAUAUUUGAUAGAGUCCUAACCUCAACAUCUGAGGAAAGGGAUUUAGGGGUGAUUAUUUCUGAUGACUUAAAGGUAGGCAGACAAUGUAAUAGAGCAGCAGGAAAUGCUAGCAGAAUGCUUGGUUGUAUAGGGAGAGGUAUUAGCAGUAGAAAGAGGGAAGUGCUCAUGCCAUUGUACAGAACACUGGUGAGACCUCACUUGGAGUAUUGUACACAGUACUGAAGACCGUAUCUUCAGAAGGAUAUUGAUACUUUAGAGAGAGUUCAGAGAAGGGCUACUAAACUGGUUCAUGGAUUGCAGGAUAAAACUUACUAGAAAAGGUUAAAGGAACUUACAUGUAUAGCUUGGAGGAAAGACGAGACGGGGGGAUAUGAUAGAAACAUUUAAAUACAUAAAGGGAAUCAACACAGUAAAGGAGGAGACCAUAUGUAAAAGAAGAAACACUACCACAACAAGAGGACACUAAAUUAGAGGGUCGAAGGUUUAAAAAUAAUAUCAGGAAGUAUUACUUUACUGAGAGGGUAGUGGAUGCAUGGAAUAGCCUUCCAGCUGAAGUGGUAGAGGUUAACACAGUAAAGAUGUUUAAGCAUGCGUGGCAUAGGCAUAAGGCUAUCCUAACUAUAAGAUAAGGCCAAGGACUAAUGAAAGUAUUUAGAAAAUUGGGCAGACUAGAUGGGCCGAAUGGUUCAUAUCUGCCAUCACAGUCUAUGUUUCUAAAUCUGCAUAUGUGUUUGUCAGUGGCUAGUUGUGUGUGAGAGUUUGUGACUUUGUGAAGUUGAUAUAUGUGCAGAACAGUACCUGAAGAGGUAUACUUGUGAGUAUGAUUUAUUGGGUAUGUGUAGGAUAAAUCAAUAUAUGGUGUGCGUCACUAUGGCUAACUGUGUGUAAAGUUUUCUUGCACCCAAACUUUUGCCCACCGUUCCCAAAUGCCAGUGAAAUUUGCCAAGCUCUUUUAUUAAGUGUUUCUAAUGUCUUAUGUUUAUUAAAUAAUUAUUAUUAUAAUGCACAGACUGUUCUUAACUUCCUUCAUAUGGACUGUCAGAGAAUUGCCAUGAAUACCACCCUUUUUCUUGCUAUCAGUAAUCUGACAUUUUGUGCAAAGCAGGACAAAACAAAAUCAUGAUUCAUGACUAUUUGGAAUAGUAUAUUCUUGCACAUUGUAUAAUAGCACCUAUCUGAGCUUGCAAGUCUGCCAGGAGCUGAAGCGGAUGGGUGCAGGUUGGCCCCAAUGGAGGUAGUUAACAAUCUUCUUUCUCUAUGACUGCCCUUGUCUGAUAGCGUGUAGCUUUCUGGAAUGUAACAAUGUAACUUUCUGGAACGCACACUCCCACUGCAGCCAAUGUAGAUAGGUAAACACAGUCUUUAUUUCUAAAAUAACAAAUAAAACAAUAUAUUGUAGAUAAAAUAUCACCGGAUCCCUUAUGGUAAAUUACCAUAUUUUGCACAUAUAUGCUGAUUGUCAGCAUACACAUUGUCACUUUAUGUGAGUGGGCUUGCAUAUUGCAGUUUUAUACUGUAUAUGUUGUGCUGCUAAAUGACAGCCUCAGUUUUUUUUUUGAAUAUGCACUUUAAUUUAUAGCGCACCUUUUCUUCUGUUUUUAUUAAAUAUGCAUAAUGCUUGGUAUAUAUGAGGGAUAUAGAUUAUGUUAUAAUGAAACAGUCCAUAGUGAGAUCAACAUACAGUGUGGGUAGACAUCAAACAGAUAGCCUAGGAGGCAAGACACUUUAAUUGUUACAUUAAUAAUGAAAGUAUCCCUGGACUCUGAACAUAUUUUAUUUAUUGUGUUUAAUGUAGCGGAUGCUGAUAGAAUCGUGUCUGUGUAUAGAAAUACAAGGUUUGUCAUUGUAGUAUGGUAAACGUAUAUGUGGUCCCUGUCUGUCUGUCUCCGUCUGUCUGUGUCUGUCUUUUUAUGUUGGUUGACCCAUUAUAAAUGCUGCUUCCGUUCACUUCAAUACUGGCAUAUUGUACAUUAACGGUUUAUACUGAAAAAGAAAGAAAUAGGAAUUCUACAACCCUGAGGCAAAAAUUGACUCACUUUUUAAUGCAUUAAAUAGAAAAUGCAUAAAAAAAUAAUGAAAACAAAAAUAAUAACGCAAAAAAGCAUUUCUCUUUAAAGAUCCUGUAGUUGUGUUUACACAGACAAGUCCUUUAUCUGGCAGACCAAAACGUGACCAGAAAGAGGCUCCACCAACCAGCAGUUUCUCAGUCUGACUUGUUUUUUUGUUUUGUAAUUUUUAAUAUACCAAAAACAUCUUCCCAGCAAGGGAUUAUGGGAUGUGUAUUUUAUCCCCUACUAAAGCUCCACUCAUCACACAUGAAUCUUUUUGCUCGCUAAGCUGAUGGCAUCUAUCCGCUGCACACAGUUCUGUAAAUCGGGCUAUAUGCAGGGAUUUCCUGAGUUGCUAUUUGGACUCAUGCAUGGCUACUGCUCUGCUUUCUCCAUUGAAAGAGAAAGGGGUCAGUCCUAGUGGUACGCGUGGUAUGCGCAUGCUGCUGGACCAAGUUGGACACUUCUGAACUUUGAUACAACGAUGCAAAAUUGUUAAAGGGUUACUCCAAGUCUACAAUUCACUAACUCUUAUUUUGUUCUAAAAGCAUUAAUCACUGGGACCUUCUCUGCAAUUUUUUUGUUUUUCUUAACAAAAACUAUCAAAGAAAGCCUUCGGUCCAGCUCUGGUAACAUGUUCUUUCUGAAACGCUCUCCUACAUCGUUGUGAUUGCAUCUUCUACCGAGGUCCGUUUAAAGGCUUCUCAGAGGGCUCAGGCAUGGCAGGCCCCAUGACCCACCAAUUAGAUCAGUCUGAUAGAAGGAGUGUAUUGGUCCUAAAACCUACACAUUGCAGGCACACCCACAGAUAUGUCUGCAAGUGAAGAAGCUGGUUCUUUUUGUAAAAAAUUUUUGCACAGAAUUAAUAUUGUCCCGGACUGAUUGAUCACGUGUGCUCCCACUAGACCUUAAGUCUGAAUAUCUCUGUAUAGGCAGCAUUUUAAGCUGAAACACUGCACAUACAGACUGUUUGCACCAUAACCACUUAAAAAGAGAAGUGGUCACACUGGCUGGAGUAACCCUUUAAGAUGCUUAAAAUUACUGUUUAAAGGGGAACCUUGACUUACCAGGAUUGUUAACAUUAUAUUAACUUUUUACUUUUAUUUAACAAAUGUGUGUGCAAGAGGUCUGUAAAAUAGAAUUAAACGCAGAAAUCCACUAUGCUGAAUUUAGUCUUUAUAUUGAGCUCCUUCAUGUUGGUUUUCUGGAAGUGGCAGAAUUUUUUUUUUUAGAAAUGAGACAGAACAUUUUUGUGGCUUAAAAAGUAACGGGAAAAUUGAUACAUAUGUUGCAUUGAGUAAAUGCACAGUGCAUUGCGUCGCAAUUAUCUACGGCACUUUGAUAACUCUCCCUAGUAUUACACCUCGUCUCAUGCAAUGUGAGCCCUGACUGUGCUUGGCCUAAACUGGGUCGUGAUGUCUAUUGUUAAAUCUGUAAUAUACAAUCAAAAACUAUGCAUCACAUGAAUAAAGGUUUAAUAUGUAAAUAACAGAGAAAGGUUUAGACACUCCAAGGUUCAAGCAGAGAAUUUAAUUUGAACCAAAUGUCAAACAGCAACAUUACAACCUGUGAUGUCUCUCUCACACAGGUGGAAACGUUGCCUUUUGACAUUUGGUUCAAAUAAAAUUCCCUGCUUGAACCUUGGAGUGUCUAAACCAGGCUUCCCCAAACUCUGGCCCUCCUGAUGUUGCUGAACUACAGCUUCCAUGAUUCUCACCCUAUCUAUUUCAUUCACAGAAUCAUGGGGGUUGUAGUUCAGCAACAUCUGGAAGGCCGGAAUUUGGGGAGGCCUGGUCUAAACCUUUCUCUGUUAUCUAGAUAUUGUACCUGGUGCUGGGUCCAAGUUUAGCCGAACCCAGCCUCAUAUUGAUGGGAUUGAGUGCAGUUCCUAACUCAUUUUUGAAUAAAGGUUUAACACAACUUGAAGGGGAUUUUCACUGUUUUAUUCAAUUAUGUGAUUUUCAGAGAAAUUACAGUUCCGCUUUAACGAAGUGCAGGACUAAUGUAAGCAGUGUUACCAGAAAGCUACGUUAAUUGUGCAAUGAAACGUCUUAGUGAGGCAUUUUUCAUUCCCUGACGUUUGAACUUGCAGACCAUUGAUAUUACCAUACUUCUAUCCGGCAUCUGACUUCCAAGCGUGACAGGUGUAUGGGGAGCCUGUGAAAUAUACAGCCCCUCUUAUCUCCGAUAUUGAAGCACAGCUCUGUUCAAGGAACACUUAUACCUCCUUCACAGAAACCGUGUGCCUCAGAGUGCCUUCUACAAAGUAACGUCUGUAGGAAAGCCUCAAAAAAACCUUCUCGCACCAGCUGUUUGAAGCGAGUUAUAUAUUUUGUGUUUGAUGUCUUUCUGUUGUCUCUUAUGUUAGGUGUUCUUUUUAAUAGUUCCAUAUUAAUGAGUUAGAACACAAACCUCAGUUCCUUUUGGCUGUUUACUUAUUUAUUGUUUCCAUAUCAUUUGUGAAGUAUAAAAACUCAGCGCACUACUGUCAUGCAUGAUCGAAACAAUAAGUAAAUAACACAUCUCAGGGUUCUAUUUACUAAAGCUAUUAUUUGUACUGUAUUGGUAGCUGUAUGCUUUUAUCCUUUUAAAUAAGGAAAACGACAAAAGCAGUGCUUCUUAUCCAAAGGGUGGAAUAUAAAUAUCAAUUAAAACAGGGGCACCCGUGAUGUGCCUUCAUCGGUAAAUCCUAAUUAGACACUAGCGAGUUGCAGUAAUAAAUAAAAUGCUAAUAGGGAGUUACAUAACUGGAGAUGAUUGCAGUAUGGAAGAUGCUCACUUAUAUCAGUGUUCAAGCAUCCAGUGACGCUCGUUCAUUAAGAGAAAUUAUGCUGUUAUGUCAUAGUGAUGUCGUGAUCCUCAGAGAUUGAUGGUGCCAUAUGGUGAAGUUGCUUUUAGAGUGGAAAAAACAAGUGUAUUAGGCUGAAAAAAAACAUUGGGGAGGAUUUCACAGUCUCUGGAGUUGCCUAUGUAAGAUAAGCAAGCAUUGUCUUAAGUAAUAUAUGCAUAGUGUUUUUCUUAUUUGAGCUGCCUAUUAUUUUUGGGGUAUUUUGUAUCUAUGUGGCUCUCUUUUACUUACUGGCUAAAAAAAGAAUAUGACCAUUUUUAGGAGUGUGUGGCUCUGAUGACUGAAUAGAGCAUAGUUCCUGCAUUUUUAAAUAAUUUAUUUUGCCUGAGAUUACACCUUUUCUAAGGUUUCUGCUAUUACCAGAGUCAUGUUAACCUCAGUGUGUUGGCUUAUUGUGUGCUGAAUAACAGUGUGCAAAUCUCCAAGGGUUGCAGAACUGCUAAGAAUAAUUGCAGAAAAUUAUCUGGUAUCAGAAUAGGUAAUUUUACCCUCCGCAUUCCUUAGGGAGGAUUUCUGAAGGCUCUGUUUUAUUUCUAGCAAAAGCUAAACAGCUGAUCUGUGAGGUCUCACUAGGCUAUAUAGUGCAGUAAAGCUUUUGGUAAAAAUGAAGAGGUCACCUAAUGCACUAAACCAGUCCAAAUGGUGGACAAGUCCACAUAGUGCAGUUUAAUAACGGUUGUAUGGUUUUGUAAAACACCACCGUACAGAUCACAUAAUGGAGUAAAAUUUGUCCUAAAUAUAUAAAUAUUAUAUAUAUAUAUAUAUAUAUAUAUAUAUACUGAACAAAAUUAUAAACGCAACACAUAUGUGAGGAAGGCUGAACUUGAUGGACGCAAGUCUCUUUUCAGCUAUGUAACUAUGUAACUUUUGUUUUUGCCCCAAUUUUUCAUGAGCUGAACCCAAAGAUCUAAGACUUUUUCUAUUAACACAAGGCGUAUUUCUCUCAAAUAUUGUCCACAAAUCUGUCUAAAUUUAUGUUAUUGAGCAUUUCUCCUUUGCCUAGAUAAUCAUUGUAUAUAGGAUGAGGUAGAGGCAAAAAAAUGCCUACAAAAUUCAAAAUAUAAACAAAGAAAAAAUAAGACAUGCUGCAGAUACGCCACACUGAAGUCCCAACAGUGUAUAUACAAUCAAAGAACAAACACGAGUCCUGCACAUCCAGUAUAGGUGUGCACACCCAGGUGCUACCACAAUUUAUUUGAGAACAAAGUUAAAACAGCAAACGUUUUGAGCAGCAGCCCUUUCUCAAUGCUAAUGUCCUACAGUAUAUGCAAGAUAACAACAAUAUAUACAAAAAAUAGUGCUUACAUAACCCAAAAGUGCCACCCCCAGGUAAUCAAAUAGAAGCAGGAUCAGAUGUGCAGUACAUUUCCAUCACUCUGGCAUGUUUGAUUCCAAUCACUUCCUGGAUCGGCAGAAAUGGGCGUGAUAAUGUCAUCACAUUAAAAAUAUCUUUUUUAAAUUAAAGUCUGGAAAUAAUAGCAAGACAGCAUUUUAACCUAUCAAAACAACACACAAACGUGAGCAAGUGAUGGAAAAAAAGACACUUAUGACUAUCAGAGUAAUAUUCAUUACUAUAGUAAACAUAUACUUGAGCAUAUAUAUUCCUAAAGCAUGUGUAUAAAGAUACAAUUAAGUUAAUGCUGAAAUCUGCAAGCACUAAGGCACAUAUACAAUUAAAAUAUAUAUGUGCAGAGUCAGGGAGAGCAGAAAUUGCUACACAGAUUACCCAACCAGUGAAGUGUAUAAUACAGUAUAGAAAUAACAAUUAAGUAGACAAAACAGAAAUAUAUAUAUACACAAAGACCACCCUCACUAUCUUGUGGGGGUGAAAAAUCGAGUGCCAUUCCAGAUUUUGUAGGUAAGAGGGUCUAACUGGCUGGAGACAGAGCAAGGUCAUACACUAGUUAGAUACUAAAAUUAUAUACAUACCCUGAUCCAAGGAGCAUCACGGAGCGGGCACAUAGAAGGUGCACCUAGAGGAACCAGUGCCACUCAAGCUUCUCCAUUGAGACCAUGAGGUGACAACUGUAUCCAGGAGGUGCAUCCAGCGCACUUCUUUUUGCAACAGUAUUUUUUCUCUAUUCCCUCCUCUCGUGAGUGGGGGUACCCUUUCCAAUAUUUGGUAGCAUAGUUGAGAAGCAUUAUGUCUAUUUUCUCUUAAGUGUUGCGCGACUGGGGUAUCAAAAGUGGGACUGCAAAUUUCGGUUUUGUGCUGAGACACACAAUCUUUUAGGGCACGAAUCGUAUUGCCUACAUAGCCAAGCCUGAGAAAGUAAACUACAAAAUCAGUUUGGCAAGUAGAAAACCCUUUUAAUUUAAUACGCUGUCCUGUCCUGGGAUGGGAACAAAAUUCCCCUUUAAUUAUCCCACUGCAAUGAUUGCAGCUCAAACAAGGGUAUGUUCCACGAACAGGUUUGGAGAUAAACGUCUGUUUUUUUGUGGUCAGAGAGUCCGCCCUAAUUACCAUGUCUCUUAUAGAUUUUCCCCACUUAUUAGCAAAUAUUGGGGGAUUUUUAAAGAGAUGUCCUGUGUGUUUGUUGGAUUGCAAUGUAAACCAAUUCCUCCGUAUGAUCUUUUGUGUUUGAGGUGUAAGUGGUGAAAAGGUACUUACAAAUGGGAUUCUAACCUGCUUGGGUCUCUCAGUCGUAGAGAGCAGCUCUUCACGGUUCAUACAAUUCAUGAUGUUAGUGAUGACAACAUAGUGAAUGAACGUCUGACUGACUUUUCAAAAAAAAGAAUUUGGAUAAGGGGUAUCCCCGCCUCUUACGAAAGGCCAAACGCAAGGCUCUGGGUAUGAACUGCUCUCUUUAAAUGCGCUACCUGUGUCUUUUCAGAGAUCAAGCUGCUUUUACACUAUUCACCGGCUCCUAUUAGAUCAGAUUGGUUUGGCAAGACAUGUUUUCACUAAUAGGACUACUAUGAGAGAGCUUUGACUCUAUGUGAAAUCCUUACAGAUGACCUAUCCGGGGUCUCCUAUAUAUAUCUCAUACACAGAUAUAAGCCACGUGUUGCUUAUACAGCUGAGUGACAGUUGGCAAAAGGGGCAGCCUGUAUCUUUUACAUUGGAGCAUGAAGAUAUGUUUUAUAGGAUAGAAUCUUAUGAAUCUCAAGCUUGUUAAAUUCUGCUGAAGCUUUCCCUAUGUUCAGUUUGUACCAUACCUGCUCUUGUAUCUGCAAGCAUGGUCGACCAAUGGGAUAUCUGUAAAGAACUUUUAGUACAAUUGGAUUGGCGGGCUGAUUACUUAAGUAAGAAUUUUAACGCCAAUCAUUUAACGUGUCCCUUUUCUAAGUCUUACGUUAAACAGUAACUGCAAAGUGGAUGUGUGUCUAAGCAAAAAAAAAAAAAAGAGGUUUCCAUGCUACUGAGUGGCUACAAAACAGUCUCUGCAUAUGCCCAGAUUGUCAGUGAACCCUGUUUAUCAUUCUCAGGUACAAGUGGGAUCCAAGUAAAACUUCUGACGAACUUGUUUAGCCUUGGUGUGUCCAACCAAUGGUGCCUGCAUCAGUAUCAUGUGGAUUUCGAUCCAGCUUUCACCUCCAGAGCUCUGAAAACUGCCUUGCUCUACAGUCAUGAGGACAUCCUAGGCAAAGCCAGGGCUUUUGACGGUGCCACUCUCUUCCUGCCUCGUAAGCUGCAAAAUAAAGUAAGAUAUUUUUUUCUCUCUAUUUCAAUAGUAAGCUACUCUAAGGUUUCUGUUAAAAAAACAAACAAAAAAACAGCUCUCUGCCGUGAAUAUUGAUCAUAUAUCAUAUAUCACUUUAACCCCUUAAGGAUACAUGACAUGUGUGACACGUCAUGAUUCCCUUUUAUUCCAUAAGUUUGGUCCUUAAGGGGUUGAAGCACCUUCAUUUAGAUGAAGGCCGGAGAGACCCUUUUAAGGCUUAUAGUUUAUGGGGUUCAUCCUUGUUUUAGCUACUUUACUCUAUCAGUUACUCUCGUCCUCCCUUUUUAAUCUCCUGUGCACCGACAGUCACCCAUCUGAUGGCACACAGAGCUGCUCCACCUGACUUGCUUUGUUUUAUGUAAAUUGUAAUAUAGGACUUAGAUUGGUUCAGGGUAGCAUUAGGGUGGCUUAGGGGAGUUUAGAUUAAUGGGUAGAAUUCCAGUGAAACUAAAUCAAACUAAUAAUGAGAAUCUGGUUUUAAUUUGGCUGUUUGUAAAUAGUUGAGUUUACAAACACACAUAUAUGUAGAUGUGACUCAUUGUAACAGCUAACCACAUAGAAGCUGAAUGGAAGCGAAGAAAAUAUUUAGCUAUAACUUAGUUUGCCCUUUUCAAAUAGUCGGAUGGGUUUCACACAGCAGACUAUUGUUUAAAAAAAACAAAUUGGACAAACGGAAUGCCCUUUCGCUUCCAUUUGGCGUUUGAGUGGAACCUUUAUUGACUUUUCGGUACCUUUGGAUCGUUUUUAUCUUAUUUAAUUAGAUAUCCUUAGAAUCUAAACUAUUCUCUACUACAGGAAAUACGUGACUGUAUUUUUAGGAAUCAAAAGUGGCCACAUAAUGCAUAGAUUAAUGUAUUUCUAGAUAAUUUAUUCUGUAUAGGGUACACUUUUAUUUAAAAAGUGUGUUGUGCAAACACACACUGCUGGACUCUACAGGUUUACAUGUAUAUUGCUGAUGUUGAGGAUUUCUUUUUAGGUUACAGAGCUCUCCAGUACUACCAAAAAUGGGGAACUUGUAAAAAUAACGGUCACGCUGACAAAUAAACUGCCACCAGGCUCGCCAGUCUGCAUUCAGUUUUUCAACAUUAUCCUCAAGAAGUAAGUUUGUGUUAUUUACUUAUUUGGUGUAGUUAUUAAACAUGCUGCCAUUACUAUUUUUUUUUUUUUUUUUUUAGUUAACAUGGAAGUUUAGUACAGGUGAAAUGGCAGUGCUAAUUAGCCCUUGUUUGUCUAAAGCUAUCAGACUAACAAAAAGCCCAUUUAUACAUACACUCAUGUGUCAAUGAGAAGUUUAUGUUUCCAAAUCCUGUAUUGGGCAGAGGGUGAUGGCAGUACAUUAUCCCUUUUAAUUCUCAGUUUGACAGUGAAUUCUUCUUUUGGAACUUAGUCUGCGUUAGAAAUUGCUGUUAAUUUAACAAAUCUAAAUAUUCUUAAAUGUAUCAACUGACUGAAAUUGGCUUUAUAACAGAGCACGGGGUCUAAAGCAGAUUGACAAUGACAAUAAAAAAAUAAUGUUACUCUUGCCCAGACCCUCAUAAAAUACAGUUUUGUGUUGGAACUUUGUUUGUUAUGCUGUUCUGAAUGCAUUUUGAGUUUGAUUUAAGAUACAUAUUUAUUGAACCUCCCCCAUGUUUUUAAAAUACAGUAAAUGUACAAUAAUUUAGCAAAGGUUUUUUUUCUCAUAGUCUUUCUCAUUAGUUUAAAAAUAAUAUUAAGGCCCUUUGUCACUUUUAACCUUGAUAUAAUUUGUUCAUGUAUUUUUCUAGGAUUCUUAAGAGUCUUUCCAUGUACCAGGUUGGACGCAACUACUAUAGUCCAUCAGACCCAGUGGAUAUUCCACAGCACAGGUAUUCUAGAAUUAUAACGGUCAAACAAACAACUUCUCAAGGCUAA